AUGUACGUGUUUGAACAGGAGCAUAUUCUCACACCUUACCAUGAUAAUAUACUUUUUUACCGUCGCUUCAUCGACGAUAUUUUAAUGAUUUGGAAAAAAACAGGAACGACACCAGAAGAGAUGCUACACUCUAUCAACAGCUUGAACACUCCAGUUCGGUUAACUAUGACUACUGAUGACCAAACCAUUGAUUUUUUGGAUGUACGACUCUACAAAGAACAAGAUGCAGUAGCCUAUACCUUGUACAGUAAACCCACAGAUAGGAACACUAUACUUCAUGCGGACAGCUACCACCCGAAACAUCUAAAGAACUCCUUACCACAAUCUCAAUUUAUGAGAGUCAUCAGAAAUAAUACCAAUAGAGAAAACACUCAGUCACAAAUUAACCAAAUGUGGGAUAAAUUCAGGGCUCGAGGUUAUAAGCCCACUGUUCUACAAAAAGCCCUGGACAAAUGCUUUGAGAAACAGGACAGUCAAACACCAAAGCAAGAAAGAUUAAUUUUUCCAGUGACAUACACCACAAUUUCAGAUCAUAUUAAAGAAUCCAUUAACCAAAACUGGCGCAUGAUGAGCAAUGACACUAGUCUACCAUGUCAAUUUAAAGAGACACCAAUGAUGUGUUAUAGGAGAGGAAAGAACCUUAGGGAUCUAUUGGUCAAAACUGACCCAACACACUGUUAUGAUCAACCCUCAACCCAUCUCAAUCUGGGAUGUUACAGAUGUUUGGGGUGUGUAACAUGUAGCCAUAUGCUACCAAACAAGACAUUCACCCACCCCCACACUGGUAAAACGUUUACCAUUAGACAUAGACUCACAUGUAUCAGUGACUUUGUGGUGUAUAAACUUGUAUGCCCAUGUGGCUUGGCAUAUGUCGGAAAGACGGAACUACCGCUGAGGGAACGCAUACGCAAUCACCGGUCGAGUAUAAGAACUGCUUAUCGAGACAAAGGCUCGGAACAACCAGUAGCGAAACAUUUUUGGGAACACAAUCACCCGCUACCUUCUAUGAAAUUUAUUGCCAUUGAUCACAUUCCCCCACCAAUUAGAGGUGGUGAUCGGAAGAAAAUUUUAUUACAAAGGGAACUACAUUGGAUCAGGACUCUGGACACUGUACAGCCCAAGGGCCUAAAUGAGAAAUACUCAUUGGGAAUUUUUCUAUGAAUAUACCCUGAGGCACUUAUUCAAUGUAGAAUUCAUUUCCCUAUACGAAUCCGGAUAUCUGACCCCUUUUGAAGUAAUAUGGACAGUGUUAGAUUUUCAUUACCCUCUUAGCCUAUUAGCACAGUAUUCUAAAAUAGUUUCAUGAUGUUUUUUGAUAUUUCGUUAUUAUUUGAAAUUCUGAUAAUCUUUAUACCUUUGAUAAUUCUGACCCUGUAGACAACUGUGAUAUACUCAAUAUGUUGAAGUUGACAUUUUUUGACAAUAGACUCUGUAUAUUGUGUAUUCAGACUAAAUGAUUGCCUUUCUAUAGGUCCUUUGUCAUAAGUAGAGUAGAUAAAUGUAAUUGACUUAUGAUUCUUUUUUAGAAUCUUUAGAGGUCAUUAACACACCACUAGGGGGCAUUGUGAUGCUCUUAUGUCCUGGCUAGUGGUUCUCUAUACUCCUUUGGUUGGACAUAUAGCUUAUUUUCUAUGAUAGUUAUUAGCUGUACACAUAGUCUCUUUUUUCUUCAUAACAGUAGAUAGUAAGUUAUCACUGUUUGUCAUUGUUUCUUAUUUUACACACAAAAGCCAAGUUCGAUACACUUCACAUAUUCUGUGAGCCUGUGUACCUGGGUCAAUAUAUAGAGCUGAUAGAAUUUUGACAGUUGUUAGCUAUUCCUUCUUGUGUACAUGAAUGUAUAGUAACUAGCUAUCUUCUAUGUAUGAUGCUCUUUUAUUUAUGAUAUUGUGUCCAUGAACAUCUGUUUGGUAGUUUACUGUUAUUAUGUAUUGUCAUUCCCUCAAACCAUCAGCUGCUUAUAUAUAUUUUUCCAUCAAACCCCUUGAUCUUAUUAGGUGUCACUAACAUAUAUAUUUUUAUACAUAUCCUGUGCAAUGGUAUAUAACCAGGAGGUUGUUAUGCCCAUGAUUAUACAUAUGCUUUAUCAAUCUGUAUUCAGAUUGGUGCCUAUACACAGAUGCUUCUGUGGAUUAGUAAUAGAUCAUGACAUCUGCCUGUACAACUCUCUGUUGCUCUGAUGUGCCUAGACAGCCUCAGCCUUAAGCUGUCUUCAGAGCUUCAGUACCGAUCGCACUAUGAAGCGCCCGUGCGAUCGGGAGGUUGCCAUGGUGAUGAGUAAACAGACGCCGCCGUGCGUCCUGACGGGUUUCCAGGGUUACCGUUCUACACGCAGGGGUUACACAGCAGCUACAGCUGCUGUACACAUGUAACAGAGCGGAGUUUUGCCCGCGGUUUUUGGCGUCCUGCCAGCAGCAUGGUUUAGGUAAGAUUCAGCUGUAUUCAUUGUACUUGAUUAUGUAUGUUAUUUAUUUUGCUAAUUUAAUAUGCACUUGUAUCCUGACGAAAGCUCCAUGUGUGAGCUGAAACGUUGAUCACAGUUGGUGGUUGCUGAAUAAAGCUAAGUUGAUUUCUUCACCAUAUACAAAGUCCUUGGAGUGCUUUUCACAAUUUUCUAUUUAUUAUUUGUGCCGAUUAGCACCGGGCUAUAUUUGUUGCUGUACAGGAGUGCAAGCAUUCGACAAUUUUAUAUAUAUAUAUAUAUAUAUAUAUUUUAUAACAAACCACCACUUUUACAGGUAGGAUUUUGUCACAGAUCUUAUGGUAACCACAGCCUUCUAGGGUAAUCAAAGUCCAGGACACAUUCAGCUCGGUAUUUCUGAUUUAUUUGGUGCAAAAUAUACAGGUGCUUCAAAAUAAAAUAAACAAAAAAUUCCUUGCUCUUGUUUGAGCACUUACUAAACAGAGUAAUCACUAACUGGAAUUGGGUGGCCUUCCCACUUACCAAUUUACAGUAACAAACUAAAGCUGGACACCACACCAUUCCACUGGCUCUUUCUCCCUCACUCUGCAGCAGGCUGAUCCCUUCUUUUAAAAGCCUGUCUGCUAAUUGACCAGCUACAGGUGAGUAUCAAUUAGCUUACAUCUCUGGAACCUCUAAGGUAUAUACACAGGUCCUGGUCUGGCUGUUAUAUAGCAACUAGUGCUAUUGGAGCACUGGCCCACCCUGCUCUCCAAAUGCUCCGCCCCAGGGACCUUUACCGUGGUUUGCAGAGUACAAUCUAUCUUACAAACCUAGCAGCUCUCCCUGGGACAUUUAAUUUAGAAACCUCAGGCUGCUGUUUAGUAAAGCAAGCCUAAUAUAUCUUACCUCAACAACCAUUCCACCUUUUCUCUCACAAUAUAUAUAUAAAAUUAACGUCAUUUUAGUGUAUUUAACAUUAAGUAUAUUAAUAUAUAUAUUAAUAUUAAAAUGCACUUAGCAUCAUGUUUUUUUUGUAUGUGUAUGUACAUAUAAAAGUACUUAGAACAUAUAUAUAUAUGUAUAUAUAUAUAUAUAUAUAUUAUGAUCCAAGUACUUUUAUUUACUUUAUUAAACUUUUUAUUAACUUUUAUUAACUUUUUAAACUAUUUUGCAGGCAUGAGGGGCACAGCCUGAGAGCUCCCCCCUGCAGGCACUGCAUAAGCCAGCUAUUCCGGCCAUGUGACCGCCGGCGUGGGAUUGGCGAGGACCCGAAAAGUCCCCUGGAUGGUGGGGACGGUCUAUGCCGCCCUCCGGCGUAUAGAGUCACCCUAAAAAGGACGUCAUAAAACACCCACCGUUCUUAAGGGAUUAAGUAUUAUGUUAGGCCAAUAUAAAAGGUAUCAUUGCAUACUGCAAUACUCUGGUAUUUUGGCAUCUUGUCUAGUGGACUAAUACAGCUUAUCCUAUCUACAUGAUAUAUUUAUUAAAUAUAUACUAUAUAAAUAUUGAUUUUAUACAGCUCUUCCCUUUUCCACAUCUAUUGGUUACUUCUUCUGACUUGAUCUGCACCAAAUGGUGGAAAAAUGCGCCUAUCAAUGUAAUAUUUUCAUGAUGUUUAUAUUAUGUAUACAUUUUACAGUACACUGAAUGGACUUGUAAUGAUAUUGAUGUUACAAAAGGUUUGGAGUCCAGCAGCCAGAUCAGCAAUGUGUUCUGCCAGAAGUAGCCACUCAUUACCCAGGGUUAGCAGCAUGUAAACGAGGGUUCAAAACCCAGCAGAGUCAGUUCCUCACAGGACUAUUGUUGAGCCCCUCUUUUGGUUUGCCUGAAUGUUUUUCCUGAAUUGUUGAAUGUUGUUCCUGAAUGGCGGAAAUUCAUCUGAAACACCCUGUGAACAAAUUUCAGAUCACCCAAACUAAAUUAUUUUUUUGGGACGAAUUGUUUCGGCUGAACCAAAUUUUAUCUGUACUCUCUUGUAAUGGACAUUACGUUAAAAACAUGUAUCUGUAAAAGGACCUACUUUAUCGGUUUUUGGAAAUAAAAACAAAACCCUAAUAUUUGCAGAGGAGAAAUAAUAUAACAUGCUUUAUCCUGCUCUGUCUAUGAAUGAUGAGUCUUAGACACCUGGUUAAAUAAAUCUAACCUAGUGCCUGUUUGCAAUGAAAGAGUGUCGGCCUAUAGUGUUCCGUCCUGCAGUCUUAGUGUAGUUUAAUGAGUUCUGAGAUUUGAUAUCCUAAUUACCCACUGCUUUGUAAUGUUGUUGCAUGAUGACUGUAAGUGGUCAAAUUUCAUCAGCCUGCAGUAGCUAAGGCACAGACUGCUGCUAUUGGUGAGUACUAGGACUUGAGAUCUUUUCUCCCAGUAGUUGUUGACCAGACAAUUUAUCAGUCCCCGUCAAUUCACAAUAAUACAUUUGCGUACAACAACCACAGCUACAACAGGCAGCCUAUUCAUCAGUUCACAGUAGACUGCACAUGGUGUAGGACAGGUGAUUACAGAUUGAUAACACUACGUGACCUAAUCAUCAGAAGAUAUAUUAAAACCAAGUGACAGAAAACACUGCAAAUGGACAGCUACUAAAAUAGCUUGUCAUUCAUUGACUUUCACAUUCAGGUUUCAGAUCAAGAUUAAAUCACUUGUGCCAUUACUGAAAGACCCUGUAGGAACCUAUAGCAUUUGCAUUUCAGACUGAUCCCAUGCAGAAGGGUAUUUUUCUUUUAUCAAUUUUGACCAUUUUCAGGGCAUGACACAUUUUAUAAAUAACCUCCUCGCUAGAAUACUGAGAGUGGGGAGAAAUUCACAUUUCCUGCUCAGAUAAAAUAUGAAACCCUCUACACAGGACAUUUGUUUUUAAUGUGGAAUGCCCUGUUGAGCAUUAGUGGUUUGGAGUUUUGGACCCCCUUACAAACCUGAAAAGGAAAGAUAAACCAUUUGCUGCUGUACAGAAUUAUUGUACUGAAUCAUCCAGGACUUCUGCUGGACCAAAUGCUGCUGGACAGCUGAAAUCUUGACUGAAUGAAUUUACUCCAGGUCUGAAAGCUUCAACUUCGGUUUUAGAAUUACAAAAAAAAAAACUAUUUGCCCGCUGGCAGCUCUAGGAGCUAGAGGGCAAAUAGUUGAAAACCACUCAUUGGAGGAUUAAUUAUGUGGUGGCUGGACAACACAUGCCAACCAGCAACCGCAAUAAAAAACAAAUUACAAAAAAUUACAAUUGAUGAAAUAAUAAUCCUAUGGGAACUAUAAUGGAGGAAUUGUACCUCCCUAUGCCCUAUUUAGUAGACAUGCUCUGAUCUACCAUGUGGGGGGCAUGUCUACUAAACAUUUAAAACUUAAAUGGACACUAUAGUCACCUGAACAACUUUAGCUUAAUGAAGCAGUUUUGGUGUAUAGAACAUGCUCCUGCAGCCUCACUGCUCAAUCCUCUGCCAUUUAGGAGUGAAACCCCUUUGUUUAUGAACCCUAGUCACACCUCCCUGCAUGUGACUUGCACAGCCUUCCAUAAACACUUCCUGUAAAGAGAGCGCUAUUUAGGAUUUCUUUAUUGCAAGUUCUGUUUAAUUAAGAUUUUCUUAUCUCCUGCUAUGUUAAUAGCUUGAUAGACCCUGCAAGAGCCUCCUGUAUGUCAUUAAAGUUCAAUUUAGAGAUUGAGAUACAAUUAUUUAAGGUAAAUUACAUCUGUUUGAAAGUGAAACCAGUUUUCUUUUUCAUGAAGGCUUUGUCAAUCAUAGCCAGGGAGGCGUGGCUAGGGAUGCAUAAACAGAAACAAAGUGAUUUAACUCCUAAAUGACAGUGAAUUGAGCAGUGAAAUUGCAGGGGAAUGAUCUAUACACUAAAACUGCUUUAUUUAGCUAAAGUAAUUUAGUUGACUAUAGUGUUCCUUUAAAAAGACUUCUCUCAAGACUUGGCUGUCAGAGCGCUCUCAUUGGUUGGCUUACUAGUGCUGCCAGUGUGGAAAUAGUACUUCAAAUUAUCAUUCUCUUGCAAAAAUCAAGUGAAUGAUAAUUUGCGAAUGUGCAUCCUGCCAGAUGCAUUCGGUUUAUCUUUAGACACCAUGUAUUUGUUGAUAAAUCUCUGAUUUCUGUGCUUCAUAUUGGUUUGGAUGUGGAUAUUUGUGAUUUUCCAAAUUCUUAUGACUGACUAUUACAGAAUCAUUCUUACAAACCAAAUCAUGGCCGCAUUUGUCUUUAGUAAAUCUGUGAAUUUCCUAUGGGUCAGAAAUUGGUCAUUUUUUCACCAGAUUUGGUCCACUCGGCAAAAUCCAGUGUUUAGUGAAUAACUCUCAUAGACUCCUACAGCCAUGAAAAGCAGAAGUGACAAUGGUGGUUGGAGUAACACUGCAAACCAUCACUGUACCUUCGUCCAUGUUCCUAUUCACUUCAAUGUUACGUGUUUUCAAUGAUCGUCAGAAGAAACAUGGGCUUUGCGUUCGUUCUCAGGAGCCCACUCAAUAAUGCUUAGUUAAAUAUUUAUGAAUAAAGUACAAAUGUGUUUGAUUUUCAAGGUCACUGAGAUGCAUCAAGUUAUAAUCUUUUUCAUGACAACAUGGCAGUAGAGCAUUGCAGAGGUCAGUAUUUAAUGAACACUCUGUGCAUGUGACUAAAAUUAAGCUUUAGCUAAUGUAAAAUAUCACUCACAUCCUCCUGCAAAAUUAUAUGGAGAUAGAUACGGUGUGAGUUCUACUGGGACAAUUGUAUUUUUUAUCAAAGGGUUAUAUCACUUUAAAAUUAAAGGGUAUACAAAUGUAUUUCUCUGAUGUAUUUGUUGUGAAACUAGCUAGCCAUUGAUCUCAGAACAUAGACAAAGUGCUGAAUUUUUAGUACAGAGACUUGAAAAGCUUUCUACGUUGGAUUCCUAUGAUCUGGCCUAUUUUAAAACCUUUUUCAUAUGAUUCUGAAAAUCAGCCUUUUUACAUGACAUUGUGCUCAUAGUAUGCAAUAGCAAACAACUGUAUCUUGUCUAAAGAAAUCAUCCUAACUACUAACGAUUAUAACACAGAAAUCAGUAUUUACACGUCUGAGCAUUUUAUUUCCAAGCCAGGCAUUUAGUUCUCUCAUGGAGAAAUGUGGAGUACUUGGUAAUAUAAUUGGUACAUAACUCCUUAUAGUGGAUCUGCCGCUUAUGGGGAGUUGUAUAUUCUGUUAGGAAUAUCUGUAGGGUCCAGUGUCUGUGAGUUGAAGUCAAAGGUAGGUUUACCUACAAGAAGCUGCACAUCAAGCUUGUGCGAAUUCAUCUUAGGGACCCCUUUGCAUAUUGCACUUCGUCAGCCAGGAGCUGUACUCUCGCGCAUGCACAGGUGUACAACAUCGAGGUUUAUGGAGGGACACCCAAGACCGUGGGACUCCAUAGAUGACAAGAACUCUGCCUUUUGUCAGCCUCAGGCUUGUCUGUAAGAUAAUGUAGUGCCUACUUUGUCAAAUAGAAUCUUUGGGUUGCAUUGGAAUUUCAAUGAAAUUCCAAAACAGUUAGUAUUAGUAUUUCAUUAAGAUUAUUAUACUGAGAAGUGACUGAAUCACUUUAAAUCCAUAACAUCCAUUUAGGAUUUUGUUUAUCUCCCAUUUCAAUUAUUAUAUUUUGGCUUUGUUUAGAACAAAAUCAAAUUAGAGUACCCUUUUUUUUGUUUGGGCCUUGGUGACAAUUACAGUGAAUCUAGCCUUAAAGGACCACUCUAGGCACCCAGACCACUUCAGCUUAAUGAAGUGGUCUGGGUGCCAGGUCCCUCUAGGAGUAACCCUUUUUUUUUAAUAAACAUAGCAGUUUCAGAGAAACUGCUAUGUUUAUAAUAGGGUUAAUCCAGCCUCUAAAGCCUCUAGUGGCUGUCUCAUUGACAGCCGCUAGAGGCGUUUGCGUGCUUCUCACUGUGAAAAUCACAGUGAGAAGACGCCAGCGUCCAUAGGAAAGCAUUAUGAAUGCUUUCCUAUGAGACAGGCUGAAUGCGCGCGCAGCUCCUGCCGCGCAUGCGCAUUCAGCCGAAGAGGAGGAGAGGAGGCGGAGAGAAGGAGGAGAGCUCCCCGCCCGGCGCUGGAAAAAAAGGUAAGAUUUAACCCUUUCCUCGCCAUCCAGCCUGGCGGGAGUGGGACCCUGAGGGUGGGGGCACCCUCAGGGCACUAUAGUGCCAGGAAUACGAGUAUGUUUUCCUGGCACUAUAGUGGUCCUUUAAUGAAAUGAUUGAAUCUUUACAACAGCAGGUCUUGUCUUGGAAUCGAACAGGAUUUCCUGGAGUCAGCUGUAGUGUAGAUGUAAACAGGUUGACAUUCUGGUUUAUUAAAAAGCUAAAUUUGUUAAAAGAACUAUAUGAUGUCAACAUUGUCUUUUGAAAAAAAAAACCCACAAGGCAUGUUUGGCUAUUGUAUGCUAGGUUGUCAUUAAAUCACUUACAGUUUAUCCAACACUAUUCUUUUUUUUUCUGCUCAUCCACUUCUGGGAAUAAAGUAGACAUUAUACACAUUUUUGGUUGCGUGCAACUCAAGGCCGGCCCUUUCAGAGUAUGGUCUUCGGUAAGGUACUAUUUGGGGCUUCUUCGCCACAUCUCAGAUCCCCUCCUUUCUACUUUUGCUGGUAGGGGAGAUAUACCAUAAUGACAUUGACACAGCAUCAUUGUUUGACAUAUAAUGGGGGUAUUGCAUACGUGGGGACUGUUGCUGAAUACAAUUUGGUGUAGGGGAGGGUUGAAGUAGUUAUAUGUCAGCAUUAAAGGAACCCUUCAAAUUAAUCUCUCUCUCUUUUUUUUUUUAACAUUUUACAUUGUACAUAUACCCCAAAAGAAAAAAGGCUUCCAUUUAAUUAUGCAUAUAUUUAAUUGGGGGUAUACAGAAAAAUAGAUUGCAAAUUCUGCAGUACUGUUGAUGGCAGCCUUUGAAAGCCUUCAACUUCUAACCCCUCCCAGACUUUUUGUGACUGUCCAAUCACAGGCUUUCCCAAUGCACUUCAAUGAGAAGUUUUUGCAAGGCAUUUGCUGCUUCUUGCGUUUAGCUCCACUGAGCUAAUAAAACCAGUAAGUAAAGAAGGCUAUUAACAGAGCAGGAGAUAAUACAUUCUAAAUUAAACAGAAAUUUCAAUACAGGAAGUGUGAACAUUAAAUGACUAUACAGGAAGUGUUUAGGUAGGCUGUGUAAGUCACAUGCAGGGAGGUGUGACUAGGGCUGUAUAAGCAAAGUGAUUUGACUCCUAAAUGGCAGAGAUUUGAGCAGUGAGACUACAGGGGCAUGAUCUGUACACCAAAACUGUUUCAAGAAGCUAAAGAUGUUUUGGUGACUAUAGUGUCCCUAUAAUAAUAAUGAAACAGCUACAUGAAAAGACCCCAUGUGAAUCUGCAAUGGUUGUCUACUUUUGCUAAUUUUAUGGAUAAUAAUGUUCUUUUAUUUUGCCCCAAAUGUGGUAUGUGUCCAAUUAGUAAAAAAGUUCAGUUCUGAAUUCUGAAAUAGGCACGUCUUAACUUUCAUUGUGUAAAUGCGAAAACUAAAUUAACCAUCUGCAAGAUUUGUAUAGAAAGUUAUGGUUGCGCCAUUAUUCCUUGCCCAAAACAUACAUGGAGCAUGAAAUUCAGCACAGGGAGAAAGACACACAAUUUAGAAGUAUAAAGGGAAGCAGUAUAGUAUACCAUUAGCGAGUGUCAGAACUGAAGCAAGGAUUACGCAUGUACUGAGACCAUUGCACAUGGCCACAGAUAACCUUACAUAGAGAAUGUUAGCUGGAGAAGGAACAUCAAGAUUAUAGCUAGUGCUGAACAGCAAUUCAAGGGCAAACUAAAUUGGUCUUUGCUUAGGUCUAGGGCCCAGGAGUUAUACAGGGGCCCAAACAGCAUGAAAAGUUUUGACUCCACUUGGUCACAUUCAGCAUCCCUGUGCUAAAUGAAGGGGGUAUACUGGUAGAUAACCUAGAGCAUUGUGAGAUCCAAAUAAUCAUACCGUUUUAAAGUAUGAUAAAGCUUUCAUCACCCCAUAAAAUAUCUAAGAUUGGAGAGGGGAAAAAAAACAAAAACAAGAAAAUGUAAUUGUUUUGAAAUAUCUAAGAAAAUAAAAACAAAUUGCAACCAAUUUCUUGUGUCAUUAUUUACUUGUAUUUAACAUUGAUUCAUACAAUUUUACCUUCCCCGCCACAUUUAUAUUUAUUACAAUGUAAUACGGUUAGUUAAUUAAUAUAAUUUAACUGAAUUUGAGGUACAAUAUAAAUAUUCCUGACUUUGGGCCCCAUGAAUAACUAGACUGUAAGAGAGGAGAGUUACCAGCAAUGUAUCCAAUGCAGAGUAUUAUCAUAUCCUAUUAUACCCUGCCUGUAAAUAUCAGGCCUUUGCCAAAGAACCUAAAUGAGAAACUUAUCAUCUCUUUACUGUCACAAUGUCCCCAUUGUUCAAAACCUAGGCUUUCAGCCAAUCAGGAACCAGUCUUGUAUGACAAGACUUUAUAAAUAAGACAGCUUCUCCCUCAACCUCUUUUCAAUUUGUGUAGUAACACACACCCCCAUGGUAUUUCUCCCAGUUACUAUGUUAUUAUCAGCACUGCCCUUUUACACAAAACAGAGGCGGGCGGGCGCAGCACGUUUUUAUUUCACGUUACCAGCAGCCGGAGCGAUUCAAGGUCCUGGCGCUGGUGGGCGCAAGAGCGGAGCGCCCUCGGAUUUCCUUGUGUUUGCUGCACGUUCUACGGAUUAAUACCGAGUCGGGCGGGCUGGUCAAUCAGUCCCAUCAGUCCCACCUCCUCUUCUUCUUCUUCACUUGUGCGCUCUGUGUGUCUCUAUCUGUCUCCCGUUUCCUUCCUCCAGGCGGUCUCUCGGUUCCCUCGCCGGAAUAUGAGCGAUUCCUCCCUGGGCACUGACACUCUCCCCGGCAGCAGGACGCAGGAGGGCAGCAUGAAGGUGAAGCAGAGCGGGGGGCAGGUGGUGGCAGGGGGCAGCACAGAGGAGCAGCUGCUCAGACAGCCUCACAUCACCCCGGAGGAUGUUCUGGGGCUGCAGAAGAUCACAGGCGGUGAGUGGUCCAGGGAGGGAUGCUCUAAUAUUAUUAUUGUUAUUUUUAAUGAGCAGCCAGCAUGGCCCACACUGCCUGCUCCCCUCUCUAUAUAUCCCUGGUAUACCUGCUGCUGGACCCCCUCACAGGGUUAUUACCUGUUGAAGAAUGGGAUUAAUACAUGGUGUGGAUCACUGAUCCUGGGAGCUGGGGCCACUUGGCAUCAUUUUUAUAUAAUAACCAUUUGUGUGUCAGCAUGCCAAUCAGCUGUGCCAUGGACUUUCUUAACGUAUAGCCCUCUGUAUCCAUAAUUCAUUCUAUCUAUUUAUCUAUCUAUCUAUCUAUCGCCUUUCACAAAAAGUUUGUAAUUUGCAUACUGCACAUUACACAGUGCCUGUGCUUUACAUAUACAUUGUUUCAACCUCAGUGACAAGCUGGUGUUAAGUUAAGUUUAGAAGGCCCUGCUUCAGGUACAUAAGAAAAUAGGGGUGAGGGGGUAGUUAUUAGUGGACCCAGAGUCUCGGCACCUUCUAUGUGUUUGGACCCUUCUUUGCCUUGGUCUAGUGGAAUAUGGAGUCCCUGAAAGGGAAGCUUUCGUCUGAGCUCCUUUAUAUUAAGUGCUAUAGUGUACAUACGCCGUAGAGGCAUGCAUGUGAUGUUAUGUGUGGAAGAUCAUAAUUUAGUUGAUUUGGUUGUGCUUGUGAAUUAUUGAUUGAGAGUAAAAAGGCAUAAGGUGUUUGCAAUAUGGCUGAGAUUUAAUGCUGUUAUCACGUGAUACUCAUUCUCCACGCUACUCGCUGGUUGACUGUAAAUACAUUGCAACCUUGGCUCUGGACUUGAAAAAAGCUCUCCAGGACUAUGGUCCUAGGUACAUGUAGGCUUAAAUUUUAAAUACCUUGUGUGCUAGGGAUCUUGACAAUGGAGCUCUUCCUUUUGUCAACCUCAGGCUCGUCCAGGACUCAAAGUUGUCCCUAUUUUGUCUUACAUCUUUGGAUUGUGUUGGAAUUUCAAUGUGAACAUUUGCCGUGUCAAAACACUGUAAUCAAAUUGGUACAUUUAAACAAAGCGUUCUCUGUGUUAAUGCCAUUUUCUAUGGUAUCACUGUCUCUGCCCCUGCCAGCUCUCAUGUAAAAUAAAGUUUAUAUACAUUUUUACGUACACACACAGAAUUAUGUGUAACUGUAUUUUUCCACAUUUUCAUAAAAAAAAAUCAGAUUGUCACCUGUCAACUUCAAGAAUUAAUGUAGAAGGGGCAUAUUUUUCAUAAGUAACGUUUUAAUUUCUGUAUCCUAGUCUAGUCUCUUGGGUUUCCUAUGUGUCGGUUGGGUAGGCCUUAUGCAGGUUAGAAGAGGUGUUUGACUUUCUCUGUGACCUUUUUUUAUGGUUCUAUUAGAACUACUUAUACGUUAACGUUUUCAUUGUUUAGUUCUCAAAUGCAAUAAAUGCUAUAUCCUUAAAGGAGCACUAUAUUGCCAGGAAAACAAACUCGUUUUUCUGGCACUAUAGGGUCCUUAGGAUCCCCCCACCCUCAGGGCCCCCCUCCUGCUGGGCUGAAUGGGUUAAAUUCCCUUCAGCCACUUACCUUUCUCCAGCGCCAGACUCCCUCUGUGCUGGGGAACUCUCCACCCCCUGCCGACAUCAGAUCCGCAUGGCUUGCCGCGCGCACAUUCAAACCGCCCAUAGGAAAGCAUUACUCAAUGCUUUCCUAUAGACGUCCAGCGUCUGCUCACUGUGAUUUUCACAUUGACAAUUGCGGAAGUGCUUAUAGCGGCUUUCAGUGAGACAGGCGCUAGAGGCUGGAUUAACCAUGCAGUGUAAACAUUUCUCUGAAACGGCUGUUUUCAGCUGCAGGGUUAAAACUAGAGGGACCUGGCACCCAGACCACUUCACUGAGCUGAAGUGGUCUGGGUGCCUAUAGUGCGCCUUUAAUUUGUCUUAAUAAAAAGAAAUGCCCACUUAAAUCUUGUGGGCAAAUGGAAAUUACGUGCAGAGUUUGAGGUUCGUAUUCUUCCUCUUUCUAAGGAAGUUAUCUGUGAUUAUAGAACUAUUAUUCUUAAGCUCUUUGCCAGUUUACAUUUGUGAGGUUAUUUUGUAUUAAAUGUGAUUAUACACAAUUUUAAAAUCAAUGUACAUAAUUUUGAAGGAGGAAUGUUCUGAUUUUAAUUAAUAAUUUAUGAGCAGUAAGGACAGCUUAUCUUUCUGUACAUUUGAUUUAAAGGGACAGAUUCUAAGCACCAUUGCUAUUACAGCUUCUUGUAAUGGUUAUGUUGUAAGGAGUUUUGGGGUACUAUCCACUCUGGCAUUUAUCAAACCAUUUUAUGAGUAGCACCACAAAUCUCAGCUCCUCUGCUUCUGUCUAUAGGGUGCUUUGGGUUCCCCUAUAAGAAGCAGUAAAUGAAAAGCAACACAUAUGUAAAUAAUAUAUCCAUCUGUCUAAUGAAAAAUUAGUGGAUGUUUGCUAAAAUGGUUUCAAUGUAAAAUCUGCCAUUGUUGUAAUGUUAAUCAGGUGUUUGUGCAUUAGAAUCACUGCAGCUUGAGCAGUACAUACAUAGAAAGGCCUGUAUUUCUUUUUUAGUUUUCUGCUUUACAUUUGCGGAGAUGUUGCAAUAAAACCACACUCCAUGACAUUGUAUUUAUCUGCAGCAUCUUUUAUACAGCUCAACUGUAAUUAUUUGUGGCCUGGUUUUCCUUGUGCUUUUUAUUUCUGUUAUAAAAAAAAAAAAAAAACAAGACAAAACAUGUUACUGCUAUUUUCAUUGAAAAGUAAUUCAAAUUUAACUAUAGUUUCCAGUUAGACACUUUCUCUUUUUUUUUAUUUAUUUUUUUAGAAAUUAUACAAUUAUACAAUUACAAAUAAAUUCUAUGGGUUAUUAAUUAAACACUGAAUUUAAGCAAAUUAAAUCUGAAUGUCAAAAUGUGUGCUAAAGUAGCCAAGCAGUAAGUAUGCCUGAGUUGGAAAAUUCAAUCUACUUUUACCUAAGUUUUGCCAUUCAGGUAUGAGGGGCGAUUUAUGCACGGCAUAAUAGGUGCUAUUUGUGAUGCAAAGUGCUAAAUGUUGAAACAUUGUUUUUAGUUUCUGUGGUGAUUACUCCCAGAGAAUGCGUAAGGCAGGCCCUAGGCAGGUUACUAAUUCACCUCCCACCCCAUCAUGUCUUUACAUAGGGAUGGCUAAUGGGGCUAGCAAAUCCAUGGUUCUGGGCCAGUGGUUAAUCUUGCUCUGAUUGCUCCUUAUUUAGCUCCUGGCCCCUGUAUAGCAACUGUUUUAGCCUUUAUACAUGUCGCCCUUAAUUUGAAGAAUUCAGUGCUUAGUGAAUAACCCUGUCUGUAUGUCCUUUUGCAUACAGUAUAGUCACCCUUUGUUGACUACAUAUUUCCUACCCGAGAAUUGUGGAAGUCUGUCAGCCUACUAUUUUGUAUGGGGUAAAAAAAUUCAAAAGCAUAUGCAAAUCAAUGAUAAAAGUGCAUGGUGGCCAUGCUGGACGGAUGUAUCCUGAAUGAGCACCGGCACUUCAAUUACUUAAACUGUGUUUUCUUGCCAAUUAUAACCCAUCGAUAAAUUGGGCUAACUCUCUGAUGCUUAAAGAACGAUGGGGGAUGUACCUGAGCGUGUUUCAAUGUGUGAAGGUGUCCACGCUGAAGAGGAACCGAGGGCUGGCUCUGCGGGCUAGCACGUCUCAAGGAGUGGAGAAAUGGCUGAUCUCCGCUGCAAAACCUAGCUGCUGACAGGUGCCCUGUUCCCCCCCUAUGGACUGCUGGGGGUGAUUCCGGUCUACUCCUUGGAGGUUACCUUGCAAUGCUAAAGUCACAUGACAUUACCGUUGUAAGCACACAGACACUUCGGCACACACAAGAUGGCGGACGCAGUAUGCUCCUUCCUACCGGGCAGAGAGACUUGCGAUGCCCUGCACCUAAUGCUUAAGAUUAAGACCCGAGUGCUUGCCAGAGACCUGAUGUACUGAGCAAACCAGCUGUUUACUAGGAGGUAAGCUGUCUAGAGGCUCCUCCUGCGAUCAGGCUUGAACGGCAGGAAAGAUAAGACGGGGGGCCAGAGCGGUCCGAUUUCUUGAAGCUCUGCAGAGCAGGGAGGCUUCCCACUGCAGCACAGGGUGACUUGGGAUACAUAGAGGGAAUGCCACUGAACUCCACACUUCUUGCCUGAAAACUGCAUGACUACUUUGUGCACGCUUAAAAUAAUACCGGACCUGACACUGGAGCUUUUAUAGCGGGACACUAUUAGGCCCAUACGGGGCAUUGGCUGAUAUUAAUGCUGGGUUGAUAUUGGUGCUGGACAUGGGACUCUUUCUCACUAACAUAGUGCCUCACCAUAGCAUUACAUUUAAUCACCGUCCGAGCAAUAGUCUGUAUAUUUAGGGGGCCUCCUGGUGGUUUCACACCUUGUUAAGCUGUAAAGUUGUUCUAUAUUUUUUACUGUACUGUCAGCCUAAACAGUUAGAAUUUUCUGUUAUUUUAUGUAGCUGAAGUACUCAACUGUAUCUCCUAGGAGUAUAUCUCUAUCAACUGCAAUGCUUAUAUUAAUGCUGUAACUCCUACGUAUAUCUUAAGUCAUGUCUUAAUCUAAUGCCUUAAUAAAAGAAAGAAUUUUAAAAAAUAAAUAAAAAGAAAAUGUAAUUUACUUUAGAAAGUAAUUCAACCGCUCCACCUCCUAUGAAGUCAUUAGAAAUGAUAACUUUAGUCCAAUCCUCUUUGAGAAGCAUUACAUGACAACUAUCUUUUUACUUUCAGUUGUGGUGCCUUCAAAAGUUAAAACCUUUACUUGUGAAGGAUUUCAUGAGGCCACUGGGGGCAGGGGGCAGGGGGUGGGGGGGUGGUUUUGGAAAAAUUCCAUAGUCUAUGAAACAGUGUCUUACAUUGCCCCCCCAAAAAGCACAGCACCUAUGCAACAAAAUCCCUGUAUUGUGAUGAAGUGGGUUUGGUGCACAAUGUCUUUUUUUGCUGUUCCUUAAAGGACCACUAUAGUGCCAGGAAAACAUCUCGUUUUCCUGUCACUAUAGUGCCGAGGGUGCCCCCACCCUCAGGGUCCCCCUCCCGCCCGGCUCUGGGGAGAGAAAGGGGUUAAAAUCUUACCUUUCUCCAGCGCCGGGCGGGGAGCUCUCCUCCUCUCCUCCUUCAUACGUUAUCGGCUGAAUGCGCAUGCGCGGCAGGAGCCAAGCGCGCAUUCAGCCAGUUCAUAGGAAAGCAUUUACAAUGUGAUUUUCACAGUGAGAAGCACGCAAGCGCCUCUAGCGGCUGUCAAUGAGACAGCCACUCUGAAACUGCUAUGUUUAUAAAAAAAAGGGUUAAACCCAGCUGGACCAGGCACCCAGACCACUUCAUUAAGCUGUGCCUUUAAAGGACCACUCUAAAGUGCCUUUAAAAGGACCACUCUAGGCACCCAGACCACUUCAGCUUAAUGAAGUGAUCUGGGUGCCAGGUCCAGCUAGGGUUAACCCAUUUUUUCAUAAACAUAGCAGUUUCAGAGAAACUGCUAUGUUUAUGAAUGGGUUAAGCCUUCCCCUAUUUCCUCUAGCGGCUGUCUCAUUGACAGCUGCUAGAGGCGCUUGCGUGCUUCUCACUGUGAUUUUCACAGUAAGAGCACGCCAGCGUCCAUAGGAAAGCAUUAUGAAUGCUUUCCUAUGUGACCGUCUGAAUGCGCGCGCAGCUCAGGGCACUAUAGUGCCAGGAAAACGAGUAUGUUUUCCUGGCACUAUAGUGGUCCUUUAAACUGUUUAGGCAUCAUAACUAUUACAAUGUGUUUUACAAUCACCAACCCCCAAUCACUAGACUUGCUAACGCAGAAGCUCCACUCCUGAAUUAGCUAUAUCAAUUUUAUCAGCAUAUUAAAAUCAUUCUGCCCCACUCAAACCCAUAUAUUUAACAUUAGCUGACCCUCACAGCCAAUGAAUUGUGUUAAAAUAUGGGUGAAAUUGAUAUUGUUAAGGCAGACUAGUAUUAUCACAAGUAGCAAAGCAGGAGGCUGAGCUUUAGGUUCUGUCUUUGGUCAAGCCAAUCGUAAAGGAUUUGACCGAAAACUAGGGGAUGGCGUCUGCAGUUUAAUAGUUCCAUUUAAGCAUGUCGUGGUUAUGGUUCCUAAAGUGAUCUUUUAAAGAUUGUAAGUACUCAUUUUGUAUUGCUUGCUAGAUAUUAUUGUUUAUAAAAUAAUGCCAACUGUAUUUAUUGCACCCGUAUGUAGAACUUUUUUAUAUGCUUUUUUUUUAAUGUAAUCAUAACUGUUCUGUGUUGGUUCUACAGUAGUGGUAGAUUAUUCAUAAAACACUUGGCCGGUGUUUAAGAUUGUAUGUGGAACACAAUAUCUGUCUUUUUAUGGAUUAAGGGAUUACCUGUUGUAAUCUGGUUGAGGGUUCCCAUGCUAUUUUAGUCUCUAUAGGAGUUAAAGGAUUUUCCGUUUCUAUACUGGCCUACAGCAUGGAUUGUUGGGGGUGUACUACUUAAUCAGUGGAAAACGAUUCAUAUACAAACUUAAUACAUUGGUGUUUUAUUCUACUAGUGACACUCAAUUUAGGCAACAAAAGAGACAGAUUCAGAUGGGGAUGAAAACCAAUCUAUGAUGCGUGAAGGUUUGAAUUGAUGCAAUCUGUAUAGAUUACUGGAUGUUAAUACUUUUUCAAAGUUACAUUAUGUUUUAGUUAAUUAUUGUUUAAGGUGCAUUUAUUACUUGGUUAUUAUAGAUAUGAAUAUUAUAUAACUAGACCAAAAAAGAGAAUACAUACAGGAUUAUUCACUAAGUGUAAUUAUGUGGUCGUUGGUCAACGCUUGGUAAUCAGACGCCACAAUAAAAUUAAAACUCUGUUUUUGGUUGGAGUAACCUCAAUAAAAUAGAGCCUUUAUUUUUUUAAGAUUAAAUGCUUACUUUACUCCAGUAAAUGUUAUGUCAGCAUUUACUAGGUGAAAGAAGCAGAGGAGGUAAAUUUAAAAAAUAACAAUAAAAUAAUUAAGUUUCCUGGGCUUCCAUGUUGUGAUGACUACUCGACCUCAGGAUGCCUCACGCCAUACUCAGGCACCUAUUGCAGAAAUACUGUACGUUAACAUGUGCAGUUGGCAUUUUCUCAAGCUGUACACAUAACCAUGCAUAUGACCACUAAAGGCACCCAAAGCACUUCAUCUCAAUGGCAUGGUCUAGGUCAGUGAUGGCUAACCUUGACACCAUAAAUAGUUUCUGGAUUACAUUUCCCAUGAUGCUCAGAUAGCUUUUAGAGUCUAAAAGCUAGCUGAGCAUCAUUGGAAAUGUAGUCCAGAAACAAUUUAUGGUGUCAAGGUUAGCCAUCACUGGUCUAGGCACAGUGGCCAUGAAUUGAAUUCAGUCAUUCCCUAUGAAAAGCAUUUGUUUGGAUGCAUGAGUGCAUGAGGUGCUUAAAGGAUCACUAUAGGGUCAGGAACACAAACAUGUAUUCCUGACCCUAUAGUGUUAACACCUCCAUCUACCCCCUGGGCCCCUCAUGCCUCCAUAAAUAUAGUAAAAAUCUUACUGUAUUCAAGCCUGAAGAUGUAAAUCUGCAUGCUGUUAGACUCAGAAAAACAAGCAGUCUGCUGACAUGUGGUAGCCUGAUCCAAUCACAAUGCUUCCCCAUAGGAUUGGCUGAGACUGACAAAGAGGCAGAUCAGGGGCAGAGCCAGCAUGAUUCAAACACAGCCCUGGCCAAUCAGCAUCUCCGUGUAGAGAUGAAUUGAAUCAAAGAAUCGCUGAGGAAAGUUCAGUGUCUGCAUGCAGAGGGAGGAUAUACUGAAUCACAGGAUGCUGUGCACAGUGCUGCCCUGUGCUCUGCUGACAGCAGAUCUCAGUGGAUGGAGGCAUAUUAUGCCUCAAUUAAAGGACCACUAUAGUGCCAGGAAAACAUACUAGUUUUCCUGGCACUAUAGUGGCCUGAGGGUGCCCCCACCCUCAGGGUCCCCCUCCCGUCGGGCUCUAGGGGGUGGAAGGGGUUAACCUUACCUCUUUCUCCAGCGCCGAGCGGGGAGCUCUCCUCCUCCUCGGAUGAAUGCGCGUGCGUGGCAAGAGGAGCGCGCGCAUUCAGCCAGUCUCAUAGGAAAGCAUUAUCAGUGCUUUCCUAUGGACGCUGGCGUCUUCUCACUGUGAUUUUCAAUGAGACAGCCACUAGAGGCUGGAUUAACCCUAAUAUAAACAUAGCAGUUUCUCUGAAACUGCUAUGUUUAUAGAAAAAAGGGUUAAACCUAGCUGGACCAGGCACCCAGACCACUUCAUUGAGCUGAAGUGGUCUGGGUGCCUAUAGUGGUCCUUUAACUCCAAAGUCCCUCUGGUUCACUCUGAGUGACUGCAACUGGAGAUGUUCCUAGCUUUCAAUGUAAACACUGUAUUUUCUAAGAAAAUACAGUGUUUACAUGUGAAAGGCUGCACGGAGCUAUAGUUCUCACCUGAAUAACCUCAUUAAGCUGAAGUUGUUCAGGUGACUAUAGUGUCCCUUUAACAAUAAAGAGCUUUCAAAACAAUUAAACAAAAUGUACCUGAUUGCUAAGUAAAAGUUAGCUGUUUGUUGAGCUAUGCUAAAAUGAAGGAAGUGACAGUUCCUCUUUAACUGUGUAUGUCCUACCUAAUUUAAAUCAGUAGAUAUUUAUAACCUUACACCUGCCUAAUGGCAGUUGUGGCCUAGGGUGCAAAUGGGUCCCUGCUAUUUUCAAUUAGACCUCAUUGCUUCACUGAAAAAGCACUUUUGAAUUUCCCACCACUAAUGUAAGGAUAGUGAUUGGGGAGAGGAAUUUAGGGAGCAGUUAUCAUAGAGUUAAGAGUUUAGAGCAGAGCUGCCCAAAAGGUAGAUCCCUAGGUGUUUUAAAACUACAGCUUCCAUGAUGCUUUGUCAUUCUAAAAGCAUUCUAAAGAUAUGCAAAGCAUCAUGGGAGUUGUAGUUUUACAACAUCUGUGGGGCUAUCUUUCAGGCAGCCUUCGUUUAGAGUAAGGUCUAGGAGGCUCAAAGAUAUAAGUGUAGUUUCCUUGGCCUGUAUCAAGGGAAUUAUAGCAACAAAAUGAAAGGAAUUUGGUUGCUGUUUGUGAAUAGCUGUUCAGCAAACGUAUAUGGAGAUUUGACUAUUUUUAUCAGACAGCUAAACUGCAGCUGAAUGGAAGCCCAACUUAGAUGGCAAUUACCCAGUCAGCGAUUCUGAAAAGGGAAAGUUUGGUUAUUGUCAAAACACCUGAAAUGACUACCCAAUGGCAUUUAGUGAAUAGGUCCAACAAGGUUCUACAUGAAUGGCAGUCUGCCUUAAAAAUAACAAUAGUUAAAUUAGUUUUAAAAAUAAACAAAUAUUGUACAUAAAUAAUAGACAUGAUGGAGUUAAAUACAUUUUUAUGUUAGAUCUGGUUUUCAUCUUGCAGUGUUAAGGCUGUCAUUGUAUAUCAGUAAGAGACCCUUGAUUUACUUGUUAUUGAUAGAGGGGAUAUCUGGGCUUGAGUAAAGCAGGAACGCGUGGGAACGGCAUUCCUGCCAUUUUUUUAAAGCAUGAACGCCGUUCCCGUUGUUCCUGCAGGCACUCAGAGGCGGCAAAAAAUGCCACCCCCCGUGUUCCCCCUGUCUUGGGGGGUCCAAGAGGCGGCCUAAUGGACCUCCCGGCAGGCACCUGUCUCCCGGUCAGACACUGUGUUCUCUCUGCUUCCUCUCGCCGCGUGCCAUUUGCUGAUGCCGGGAGCCGGAAUAUGACGUAAGACAGCCCACGUGGUGAGAGGGAGCAGAGAGAACACCGCUCCCUUGCCGCGUCUGAUAUGGAGACAGGCGUCUACCCCACUGGACCCCAGGGACAGGUCCACGCCAUCUCUCCAGGUAGGGAGGCUGGGUGGACAUUUUUUUAUUUAAAAAAAUAAUAAUAAUUUGUGAGUGUGUGUAUGUGUAUGUGUGUGUGUCUGAGUGUGUGUGUGUGUAUAUAUAUAUAUAUAUAUAUAUAUAUAUAUAUAUAUAUAUAGUGUAUAUAAUUUGGGGGGGUAAUCUUGGGUGAGUUCCCACACUUUAUUCCCCAGGACUUGACCCAUGGGGGAUAUUGCUAGGUAUCCGCUAAUGUUUGCAAUAGCAGUGAGAGACUCUCAGUAGUUGACAGACGCCAUGCGGACAGCGGCUGCUGAUUGCCUGGGGAGGUUAAGAAUAGUGUCAGCUUACCUUCAGUUUGAUCACCGGUGAGACAGCAGUCUUGUAAAAUAAGGAUUUCAGUGAUGCUUUUAUUAAAGAAACAAAAGUAAAUAAAAUCUAGUAUUGCUCUAAAGCAAGCUUUUGUAUUGUACAGCCAUGCUACAGUGCUGUUUCCUAUUAAGCAUUGAUAAGUGUGUAGGGAUUUAGAAAAAUACCCCUCUCUUUAUUAGAGAUUUUGCCUUUUAGCUAAAAGCAACCAGGUAAAUUGUUAGUGCAGGACUCACCAAAGAGGUUUGCCUUGACGUGGCAGGUGAGCUUACACUUUAAGGGUCAUGGGAGCGAUACUAAAAAAUCUCCAGUUAUUAAAAUGUGCGUAGGGAUUUUGGAUAGCGCGCAAUUAACUUUUUCUUUGUUUUUUUAAUUUUUUGUAUUGGGGCUUAUGUGUACUAGAGUCAUUGCUGCCGCCCUGGUGUAGUGGGAGUUUAAGCGCAGGGCUUAAUUUUGUAUGUUUGUACCUGCCUAUUUUUAUUUAUUGUUAAAACAUUUUCUAAUUGAUCUUUCUUUGCCAUUAACGUGCGCUGUCCUUAUCCACCCCAUCUGUGACAUAAUCCACAUGGAUUUUAAUCCAAUUAGCCUGGUCUGAGACAUGUGCGUGAAUGAUCUUGUACAAAAUCUGUAACUUACUACUGUGCUAGCCUUGUUAGAAUGGUAUUAAAUGCAUCACUUAUCCCUGAUGCUCACUUAAAGGAGCACUAUAGUGCCAGGGAAACAAACUAGUUUUCCUGGCACUAUAGGGUCAUUAUGUCCCCCCACCCUCAGGGCCCCCCUCCCGCUGGGCUGAAGGGGAUAAAACCCCUUCAGCCACUUUCCUCCUCGGCGCUGGGGAACUCUCUACCUCCAACCGACGUCAGAUCCGCGCGCACAUUCAAACAGUCCAUAUGAAAGCAUUACUCAAUGCUUAAAUAAAUAAAGAUAUUAACCAUGAGAUAGGUCAAGACGUCUUCUGCUAGCCAGAGACAGAGGCUAGGGGAGACCUCUGACCAUAUCCCCUAGUUAAAAAAGAGGUCACCUGGUUGGACUAGUUAACCAGGGGAUAACCCUAAUUAUUAGAAAUAGAAAAAGAACAAUAUCCAAGGCAUCCACUCCAAAUGGAAGUAGAUGUCUAGGAAUAGGUACAACCUAAAUUAGAUUAGUAGCAUAAAACCCAAAAAUUGUAAAACCUUUAUUAAUCCUUAAGGCAUAGAACUACUAUUUCCAAUUAUGGGUCCUAAAUUUGGCAGAACCUAAUGAGAGGUUAUAAGGGAAGGGGGUUGGGGGGGAUAAGGGUGUUAAUCUGAAUCUCUUCUAAAAAGGAGAAAAACCUCCUAGACAUCAGCCAAUUGGAGGUAAAUAAUUAGAUAUCAGAGACAAAACAGAAACUUCCCAAACGAUUAUUAUAAUCACUGCUCCAUUCCCACCGUAACCACCAUACCCCAUAGAAAAUGUAUCCUCAUCUGUCCCUAAUACUUUGGCACCGCACGAAGCUAGUGCCUACCUGCACUUGUUAUGUAGCGGAAGCGCCUCUAGCAGCUGUCAGUGAGACAGACACUAGAGGCUGGAUUAACCCUUAGUGUAAACAUAGCAGUUUCUCUGAAACUGCUAUGUUUACAGCUUCAGGGUUAAAACUAGAGGGACCUGGCACCCAGACCACUUCAUUGAGCUGAAGUGGUCUGGGUGCCUAUAGUGGUCCUUUAACUGAUAUAUGUAUAUUGCUUGGGAAGGUUUAUGAUUUACAAUUAUUUUUAUUUGCCUGUGUCUGACCAAUAUUCCCAUUUUAUUUCCCGCCCCCCCUCCCCUCUUAAUUUAUUUUAUUAUUAUUGGUAUUUAUAUAGUGCCAACUUAUUCUGCAGUAUGUUAUAAUUUAUGAAAGGGGGAAAUCUAACAAUUAAUGAGACCAUUACAAAAUUAUACAGGAACAAUAGGUAGAUGAGGACUCUGCUCAAACGAGUUUACAGUCUAGACUAAAGUCUAUUUAUUAUUGAUAUCUAUGUAGUUAUUUAAAGGAACACAAAUGUGUAUUCCUAAUGCUAUAGUAUCAUAGUCACAGUUUAAGUGACCAGGCACUUCCUGUAAGGAGUUAAAAACAAACAAAAAAAAGUAGUUUACUCGCCUUUUUUCCCCUCUGUUGUCGUGGUGCUCUAUGCACUGCUGUCCCCAACUCCUUGGCUGAGAUCAUCAGUCUUGAUGAUCACAGUCAGUCCAAUGCUUUCCCAUAGGCUAGCACGCAUGUGCAGCAGAACGUCAUGCUCCACCAAUCAGAAAAUCUCUAUGAGACCAUCUGAUUGAAAUAGAUGUUUUAUACUGCAAGGCUAAAACGGCAAAGACAUGGCGCCCAGACCACUUAAUUGAGAAAUAGUCUAGGUGCCUAUAGUGUCCCUUUAAUUUUUAAUAUUUCAGCUUGCCCAUAUAAAGAUGUGCAGAAUGGUGGCUUUUAGUCCUGGUGUUACAUAAAGGCAUGGUGACCAGGAGGAAGUCUAAUAGAAUGAGGCUAAAAAGAAGGUUUUAAUUUGAAUUAUACCGAAGUGGACACCCAAUGUAAGACUUGGCAAAAGGUUGAGGCUCUGAAAGACUGCUUUCUCUCUCUCUCUUCUUUGUUUUUUUUUUUUUUUUCAGCAGGGUUCGAUAAACUGAGAUCUUCUGGAGUUGCGUUGAUGUUGCCAUCAUAUCUUGUCAAGUAGAACAAUAUCUCCUCCUCUACAACGUGGUGCUUAACUGGUGGUGACUCUAAUAAAGGAUGGGAAGAGAUUACUUAUUCAGUUCUCCAAAAUGUUGAUAUUAUAUAAAUAUACUUAUUGGGCAGACUAGAUGGGCCGAAUGGUUCUUAUCUGCCGUCACAUUCUAUGUUUCUAUGUUUCUAUACUUAUAAGUGGCACAGAAUUACGGAUGCAGAAUUAACAAACUAUACACACAUCAAUAUGUAAAAAGUAGUUAUUAAUAUUUAAGGUAUGAUUUUAGAACUGAUGUUGUUUUGAAGAGCAUUUGGUUUUGUGGGAAAACUGCCAAGUUUGAUUGUUAGUAAAUUAUCUGAUAAUGGGAAUUGGUCCCAGGUGCCAAGAAGCAAUUUGUAGAUGGACUUAAUUGGUUUGCAUCAUGGCUAACAAAGUAAAAUUUGCUGCCUGUGCAUUGUCGUUGUUUGGUGCUCAAUAAUGAAGCUUGACUAUAUAGCUGUGCUAGCUUUUAUUUAUUUAUUUUCAACCUUAUAAUUUAAAUCGUAUUUGGCGUAACUUUAGAUAAGCUUGCUUUGUUUCUGCUAGUUCAACAAUGUUCUUAUUCCAAGCAAUGUUAGUGUUACAUCUAGGACCAUUUAUGUACAUGAUAUUAUAGAUAUUCUAGAAUAUAGAAUAGCUAGCAAGUAUGAGGAACAUAGGGAUCAUGGCCUGUAACCAUGAAGCUGUAUCAUAGUAUUUUUUUUUUAUUUUUUUUACUUCACUACCAAGAAGAAUCAUGGCAAACCGGAUGGGAAAGGUCUAUAGGUCCAGCUAGACUCAGGAUCUGGGUAACCACGAAUAUAGGCACUCACUCUAGCGUCCUGAGUAGAUGAUCACUUGAACAGGCACUCACCUUCUCUGGCUUUGUCUUGGUCGUACUGGUUUCUACUUCGUAACACAAGGCUGUAGUGAUUUAGCUAUGCUAACGCAGUCCAUAGAAACCACUAAAGGUUAUCAAUAAACAGGUGCAAGAACACUGUUAUGGGAGAAGGGAUGGUAUCCGUGCUACCAUUAGCUUGAGUUUCCAAAAGUGAUAGAGGAAAUGUAAUAUAUUAUAUAUGGGCUAUCUGAGAAGGGCGAGCACUAGCACUUCUCGGUUUCCUUCCCUGCCCCUGGCAGUCGUCACAGUGUCUACCUUUGGCCAGGGAAUCAAAAGAAUUGGGCAUGAGUGGAGCAGACAUACUCUGUAUGUUUAAGACUCCCUAAUACUUUUGAUCUUCUUAAACGUAAUCCACUUCUAAAUACAAAGGGUUUUACAUUAUAUGAAUGACAUAAGAUUUGUAAUACAGUGGGUUUAACGUAUCAGCCACUAAAUGCAGGCCCGAUACAAUGUACCCCAAGCACUGGUUCCCUGUGCCUGGAGAACAGGAAGCCCUUGCAAAAGUAAAUAUGUACACUUUGAACAACAAAUCACUGCAUACAAGACUAUUUGGGAGAGUUUGCUCCCCUGUACCACCACAGGGGAAAACUGAAGGGUAGUAUACUGUGCCAUUACAUUUUUUUUUAUUGGACUAACUUGGAAAAUGAUUUGAGUUCUCACUUGUAUUAUCUCUGCAUUUAACAUCUACAACAAGCAUGUCAAACUCAAAGUCUGGCACAGGCCACAUAAACAAGGUUUAAGUUUAUGUGGGCCGCAAGAAAAAAAACACCUUACAUUUUCAUAGAAACGUAGGUUUAUUUUAAAAAGUACCGUAUAAAAAAACCCACAGCAACCCCCUCUACUAAAUCCCAGCCCCGCCCCCUCUACUAAACAACAGCACGCCCCUCUACCACCCUGUUCCAAAUCUGAUCCUCCCACUGACACACACAUACUCACUGACACACAAACACACACAUACUCACUGACAGACACCCAUAUACUUGCUGACAGACACACACAGGAAUAUGACGCCCGGCUUCACUUCAGACGGCACGCGAGGGAGCAGUGAGGAGUAGGAACACUGAGCUCCCUUGGUGCUGCCAGAGACCUCUCCCCUUGCCGGGUAAAUGAGCAGAUGAGGCACCUGCAAUGUGGGGAGAGCAGGUGCCUACUCCGCUUGGACCAUUAGGCAUGUACUCGCGGCUCGCUGGGCCGCAAAGAUGGUCCUUGUGUGCCGCAUGCGGCCCGUGGGCGGCGAGUUUGACAUGCUUGAUCUACAACAUUUAAAAGUUGAAGUAACAUGACAUUUUUUUCUCUGAACAGAUAUUGCUCAUUUUUAUUCUUACCUUAUUUGUCUUAUUCCUCUUGCAAACACAUAUCCUCACCUGAGAUAAUUUGUGUCUAUUACUUGCUGUUUUUAAAAAAUACAGUACAGGUAUAUUCCUCAUAACUGAUUCCAAUAUCGCCAAUUUUAUUUUAUUUAUUUAUUUAUUUUCUCCUGCCUGUAACAUCCAGAUAAUUUUCCGGUGUAUAUGUGUAUGUGUGUGUAUAAUAUAUAUAUAUAUAUACACACAUAUUGUGUAUUUUUUUUCUUUCUUAUCUCUCUUAUCUCUACUUUAAACAGACCCUUCCUUCCUCCUUACACCCCUAAACCUCUAAUACAUGUAAAUCAUAACUUCACAGUUCAGCAACAUAUUGUUGUAUUCAAAAAUUUGCAUACAAAAUCUUCCAUUGCCAGUCAUCUCCUGUGUUGAUGAUAUGCAUGUUUCUCACUAAAAACAGAGUGUAAAAAUAACUAUUUUAUGCUAAACCCAUGGCAGCAUUAAUUACUGGGUUAGCCAGUCCUCACGUUUUCUAUGAAGACCCAGCAAAUCGCAAUGGUAUAAGCUUGAAUACCUGGGUGUGCUACUUUUAGUAACCAGGGCCCAAUAUAAACUCUCUCCCUGUGGUAAUAACAAAUGACAAAUGUGGUGCACAAAGAGGCCUGUAGUUUAGGGUUAUUCCAAACACCAUGACCACUUCAGUGAUUUGAAGUUGCCAUGGUGAUAGAAGUGUGGAUGUGCAGAAUUUCUGCUUGAAACAUUGCACAUCCAGAGAUACAGUAUUAAUUAAUAAUAAUAUUUGGGGUUAUAGAAGCUGGUAAACUUUUCAGUUGUAUACACCAUAUGUCUGUUCUACCCACCCCCUCUCUGCCUCCUUCCUUUGCCCCUCCUAGCUGUAAAUACCUUCAUAUAACUCACCUCCGUCUCUGAUCCUUGGGCCUCAAUCCACAAAGUCAGAAACAUGCAAUACUGACUCUCUUCAUUUGCUCUAAGCACUAUUUUUACAUCUGUUGUCAGUGCACACAGCGAGUUGUCAACAGACGUAAUAAUCUUCUCCCUUUUAGACAGAGUGUCUGCAAGGGGAAGGUCACUUCCCCACCUGCUUCCCUCCUAUACUUGAAUCGCAUUUGUUUUAAAAAAAUUUUUUAUUGAAAUUCCCUCCCUACUGCCUCCCACCUCCCUUUGCCUGCUCAGGGCACACGCAUGUACUCUGAGCUGGCAAAACAGUCCAAUCACAGGCUUCUAUAGGAGAGUCUUGGCAUUGGACGCCGCGGUGCUGCUGCUGACUCCAGACUGAGGAGGGAGAUCAGAGAUUGGCGCCGGGUUUUUACUUUGAUGAUCUUAUUGAUCAUCUUCAGCAUAGAGACGGGACCAGCCACAGCGAGACCAGCGCAGCAGAAAAGGGGGAGUAAAACCACCUUUCCUAUGCAAUCUAAGGGGGCCCGGGGACUUAAAUGGUUAAACAUUAUAGUGUUAGGAAUACAUGUUUGUAUUCAUGACACUAUAGUGUUCCUUUAAAGGGACAAAAUAGGCACCCAAAUCACUUCAUCUCAUUGAAGUGUUCUGGGUGCAGUGUCCCUGUCCCCCUUAGUCCUGAAAUGUAAAACAUUGCAAUUUUAGAGAAACUGCAAUGUUUACAUUGCAUUACUAAGACUGCCUCUACUGGCUGUCUACCAGAGAGCCACUAGAGGAUCUUCCUGGAGUUUCGAUACUGGAGGUCCUCGCGCUCUGCAUGAGGGCGUCCAGCAUUAGAUAAAACCUCAUAUAAAUGCAUUGAAGCAGUGUUUUCCUAUGGUGAAGGCAUAAUUCUGCAUGCUCAUUAGCUCCUUCCAAUCGGAUGACGUCGGAGGAUGUGGAGCGUGACCCAGUGCCAAGGGACCUCCGUGCUGGAAUCGGGUAAGUGAAUAAAGUCAGGGCCUGAGAAACACGUUUGUGCUAGGAAUCUUGGAUUCUGAAAACUAAAGUGUUCAUUUAAGAUUAAACUGACUUUGGUCAUUGUGCAAAUGCUCUUACUGCUCCAGUCUCUCUAUAGUGUGGCAUGUCCCCUUCAUUCUCCACUCACUACAUCCACCUUUUUCUCUGUCCCAGGCUACAUACUCCACUCCUUCAAAAAUGUCAAGAAAUUUUUUGAAGGAGUGGAGACUGGGUGAGCAUCUUACGGAGUGAACGGUGCAGCCCUAGAGAAGUCUUGAAGGCGAACAUCAGAGGUUGGAGUAUGGACAGAAGAUAGACGUAAGUCUUCAGCAGAGCGCAGGGGCCUAGACGGGACAUACUUGUGUAUUAGGGAGGAUAGACAGGUGGGAGCAGCAUUAUGUAGAGAUUUGAGAGCAAGAAACAGAAUUUUAAAUUGAGCCCUUUGAUUGAGAGAUGAAACAGAGUGAUUAGCACAGGAUAUGUGUAUUCUUAUAUAAGCAUAAGGCUAUCCUAACUAUAAGAUAAGGCCAGGGACUAAUGAAAGUAUUUAGAAAAUUGGGCAGACUAAAUGGGCCGAAUGGUUCUUAUCUCCUGUCACAUUGUAUGUUUCUAAAUUACAGAAGCCGGAGACCGACAGGGGGGAGCUGAGACCGGCACUGGAGGCAAUUAAAGGACCACUAUAGGCAACCAGACCACUUCAGCCCAAUGAAGUGGUCUGGGUGCUAGGUCCAUCUAGGGUUAAUCCUGCCUGCUCUAAACAUAGCAGUUUCAGAGAAACUGCUAUGUUUACAUAAGGGUUAAUCCAGCCUCUAGUGGCUGUCUCAUUGACAGCCGCUAGAAGCGCUUCUGCGCUUCUCACUGUAAUUUUCACAGUGAGAAGACGCCAGCAUCCAUAGGAAAGCAUUGAGAAUGCUUUCCUAUGGACUGAUUGAAUGUGUGCGCGGCAAUUCGGCUGAAGACGGAGGAGAGUCCCCAGCGCCGAGGGAGCCCAGCGCUGGAGACAGGUAAACCUUUAACCCCUUCUUCCCUCUAGAGCUCGGCGGGAGGGGGGCCAUGAGGGUGGGGGGGACCUAUUAACACUAUAGUGCCAGGAAAACAAGUUUGUUUUCCUGGCACUAUAGUGGUCCUUUAAACUGUUUAAAAAAACAACGACCCAAAAAACGGUUUGACCCUUGAGGGUACAAGUGCAUCCAGGGGCUUUAGGACACCAUCACAACUUUAGAUGAAGUUGUUAUGGUGCUUUCAUGUGACUGACUUCAAACCAAAAGUAUUCCUUACUUAAAGGGACAGUUUAGUCUCUUCUCUUGAUUCUUUAUCAGUUUCAGCUACCAAUGUAGCCUACUAAUGUAAUGUAGGAGGAAUGAAUGUGGAAAUAAACUUAAGCCUUACAUAGUGUUUAUGAUUUAGCAAAAUAUUAGGUAUGUUAUCCUCAUUGUCCUUACUAGAAUAAUGGAACAGCCUAUGGUAAAGGAUGUCCACCUCUUAACCCAGCAUUUAACAGUAAAGUAAUCUGUACCUAGAUAUUGUAGAGACCUAUUAUGGAUUGUGCAAAUAAUGUACUGUAUAGUAUUAAGAAAUUAUAAGGUUUCAAUGUCUGGUUAUGGAGAAACAACUGGAAAAAUACCACCAAAAACAAAUCUCACCUACAAUAUUGUGUAACCAAUAUUACAAAUACGUUUCUAAACUCUGUGUGUUUCAAAUAAGGUCCUGUAUGCAAGAAAAUACUUCUGAGUGUUUAUAUUGAUAAAUGAGCAAACUGGAUACAUCAGUGAAUAUAAAAUGUCUUGCCGGAACUAAAUACACCCUUGACCACAGAAAAUAGCCGCCAAGAAGCCAUGUUGCGGGAGGUGUCUGUCAUCUUUUGGGAUUUUUUACCUUAAAGAACCUAAAUAAUUUUUGGUUGAUUUUUAUUUUUCCAUCAUUGUCCAAUCUUCCUUUCCUUGAUAAUCCUGUAUAUGUGGAAUUACGUGCUUCUAGUAAAGACACAAUGGACGCCUUGAUUAUAUGUUUUUUUAAUUUUUGUAAAUAAUUUUUUAAUGUAUUCAACUAAGCUUAGUUAACUGUGUUAAUCAAAUUAAAUCGUGUCGAUGCCAGAUUGAAAAUCUCAAGCGAUAUUUGUUCAGUCAUUAUUUACUGUUAUUAUGCUGAUGUAACUUUCAUAAAACUAUAUCCUAUCAUGGGCUUAAGCACAGUUUGUGCCAUUCCAUCAAUUGAUCUUGUGUUAAUGCUGCUCUGUAGAUCCCGAUAUUGUCUCUCUUGUCAGGUGCCUAAAAAUAUAUAUUUGUGUGGUUAUAAAUACUUUGUAAAUGACACAAUAACAUGCUUUGCUAAGGGUUAAUGUAUCUAUAAACUAUCAAGCUAUGUCAUUGGUAGGAGGAUUGGACAAAUGCCCCAAUGUUCCACUUCUAAAGGUUCCUUGAUGUUGGGUUGCACUGAAACCUACAUUGUUGCCACAGUGUCGCAAUCAUCUACUCUAACUCUGCCCACGGAUUCUAGAGAAUCUGACUCCCAGGGUGAAAUUCAAACCUUUACCCUCCGGACAUACCAUGUCUCUCUGUCAUUUAGUUAAAAAGGGUUACUCCAACCCUUUUUCAUGAAAUCAUUUUUUUAAUAUAGUGAGGGAAAAAAGUAUUUGAUCCCCUGCUAAUUUUGAACAUUUGCCCACUGACAAAGAAAUGAUCAGUAUACAAUUUUAAUGGUAGGUGUAUUUUGACAGUGAGAGACAGAAUAACAACAACCAGAAAAACGCAUGUCAAAAAAGUUAUAAAUUGAUUUGCAUGUCAAUGAAUGAAUUAAGUAUUUGAUCCCCUAUCAAUCAGCAAGAUUUCUGGCUCCCAGGUGUUUUUUAUACAGGUAACGAGCUGAGAUUAGAAGCACUCUCUUAAAGGGAGUGCUCCUAAUCUCAGCCCAUUACCUGUAUAAGAGACACCUGUCCACAGAAGCAAUCAAUUAGAUUCCAUCAUUGCCAAGACCAAAAAGCUGUCCAAGGAGGUCAGGGACAAAAUUGUAGACCUACACAAGGCUGGAAUGGGCUACAAGACCAUUGCCAAGGAGCUUGGUAAGAAGGUGACAACAGUUGGUGCGAUUAUUCGCAAAUGGAAGAAACACAAAAUAACUGUUAGUCUCCCUCGGUCUGGUACUCAAUGCAAGAUCUCACCUUGUGGAGUUUCAAUGAUCAUGAGAACGGUGAGGAAUCAGCACAUGGGAGGAUCUUGUUAAUGAUCUCAAGGCAGUUCGGACUAUAGUCACCAAGAAAACAAUUGAUAACACACUACGCCGUGAAGGACUGAAAUCCUGCAGCACCAGCAAGGUCCCCCUGCUCAAGAAAGCACAUCUACAGGCCCGUUGGAAGUCUACCAAUGAACAUCUGAAUGAUUCAGAGGAAAACUGGGUGAAAGUGUUGUGGUCAGAUGAGACCAAAAUCAAGCUCUUUGGCAUAAAUUCAACUCGCCGUGUUUGGAGGAGGAGGAAUGUUGCUUAUGACCCCUAGAACACCAUCCCCAUCAUCAAACAUGGGGGUGGAAACUAUGCUUUUGGGUGUCUUUCUGCUAAGGGGACAGGACAUCUGCACUGCAUCAAAGGGACGAUGGACGGGGCCAUGUACCGUCAAAUCUUGGGUGAGAACCUCCUUCCCUCAGCCAGGGCAUUGAAAAUGGGUCGUGGAUAGUUAUUGCAGCAUGACAGCAACCCAAAACACACAGCUCAGGCAACAAAGGAGUGGCUCAAGAAGAAGCACAUUAAGGUCCUGGAGUGGCCUAGCCAGUCUCCAGGCUUUAAUCCCAUAGAAAAUCUGUGGAGAUUCAAGUUGCCAAACAUCAGCCUCGAAACCUUAAUGACUUGGAGAGGAUCUACAAAGAGGAAAGGGACAAAAUCCCUCCUGAGAUGUGUGCAAACUUGGUGGCCAACUACAAGAAACAUCUGACCUCUGUGAUUGCCAACAAGGGUUUUGCCACCAAGUACUAUGUUGAAGGGGUCAAAUACUUAUUUCACUCAUUGACAUGCAAAUCAAUUUACAACUAUUUUUACAUACGUUUUUCUGGAUUUUUUUAAUUUUUCUUGGUUAUUCUGUCUCUCACUGUUAAACUACAUCUACCAUUAAAAUUAUAGACUGCUCAUUUCUUUGUCAGUGGGCAAACGUUCAAAAUCAGCAGGGGAUCAAAUACUUUUUUCCCCUCACUGUAUAUAAUGCCAUAUUGUGCAUCAGUAACUAGAUCCUCCCCCUUCGAUGUCACAACCCUCUGCAAGGUCCAAUUAAAUGCUUCUUGAUGGAAAGCAUUUUUUACGGGUGGGAGUGAGCAUGUGCCAGGUGGGGGCGGGAGUCGGGGCCGACAAAGUAGGAAGGAGGGAAUAUUGAAAAACACACACACACAAAUAAAGCAUUAGAUAUGACAGGGCGUCGGGAGGAUUGAAAUAAAGAAGGGAGGGAAGGAACAUUCAAGCUUCCCCUUGAAUGCGCUGCCCGUAAGAGUUAAAGCUUAUGGCAUCUGUUGCUAAGGUGCAGUGCGCACUGAUGACAAACAUAUUUGUUGCACAGAAUUUACAUUAGGCACUCCUGAACACAUAUGCAAUCAUAGUGGUCGGAGCAACUCUCUCAUUGUAUUCUGAGUCAAUCAAUGCUGUCCAAAGUAGAGCGAGUUGGCAUUAUCAAUGUGACUGAGGACUGAGCGGUCUUCUGGUACCAGGAUGAGACUGUCGGGUCCCCUGCCCCCGCGCUGCUCUUGGCGACCUUGCUUACCUCAUCACAGCGAGCGGCGUCAUCUGGACCCUGUCUCCAGACUGGCGGUGUGUCUGACGCUGCACGCUCCAGAGCAGCUUCCUUAAAUGUGUGCUGCACCCGAUCAUGUGACCCGGCACACGGUGAUGACCUCAGAGACCACAAGGGAGGGAAGAAACUCCUCCCACGUGUUGUGGUUAACACUAAUUGGAGAUUAGCCAAUCAGACACACCCUGUGUGUAUAUAAGCUAACCUCCCCCUUGCCUCAGUGCCCUGUUGUGGUCUUUGGUUUAACAUUGAGUGUUGCACUUGUUAUUUGCAUUUCCUGGUUACUGAUAUUUGGCUUUGUCUCUCGUUAUUCCGUCUCUCUGUUUCCCUUGUUCUAGACUCAUGUUUUGACUAUCCCCUUUUUGCAUAAUCCGACCAUUCUAAGGAUCGGUAUUGCAAUUCUCUUUACUCUGUCCUGUCUGCGUGUUGGGGUUCCCUAGUGAAGGUUACAGAGACCCAGUCUACAUCUAUGUAAAAGGAAUAUUAUUGAGUACAUUUAUGAGGUUAAUGUCAAAACCAAAGUAGUAGUCACAAAAAUGUGAUCACUGAAUUUGAAGGUUUGGGCUAGACAUUUUUAUUUAAUUUUAAUUUAUAUAUAUAUCUCAAACAUAAAACCAUAAGUAUCAAAAUAUUGCAAAAUAAUUUUUGUUCAAAAUUAUAUUUUUUGAUAAACUCUUGCAAGUAUUGUAUCAAGGUCUAAAUCGGAGGUCAAUGCGGGACACGCUAGGCAACAUAAACAUUAUAGCAUGCUGUAGUUAUGUUGUUCAGAGGGACCCUUAAUUUGCCUGCUGCUGCGAUUUGCUCUGUGUGAACCUGCAGCAGGAGGCAAUUUAGUUUGCGUUGCAGUUGGUGAGAUAACAGUACAAUCUGACCCAACAUGACUGCUCAGCCAGAUAAAGUAAUAUUAUUUAUUAAUUUAUUUUUAAAUCGAUCUUUAUCAUUUAAAACAAUCAUUUAGUUUCAUCAAAUGUAAUAUACUUUUUUAAAAAGUGUUUGUUUGACUGUUAUCUUAUUAAUUUCACCAAGUCUAUAACUGCUGCGCGAAUUUAGAUUGGUUUUAUUGGCCCUCAUUUGGUGCAGAAUUGCACCCCCAAAUGUAAAUUACCCCCGUGAUGAAAUACUGUCUGUAAAAGAGGACUACUUUAUGCAUGUGCUAUCAUGAGUCUUUUCAGCUGUAAUAUCUGUUUUUCAUUGCAUUUAAAAAAAAAAAAAAAAAAAAGCAUUUCACACACAAAAAACACAAUAUAUCAAAAAUAGAAAUGAUGUAACAUGAUACAAAUUAAUGAAUUACAUGUUAUGGGGUAAAAUUGCUUUGGUUAGAUAAUAUCACGUUGUCUACACCACUGUUAAUGGCAUUUUCUUUAAAAAAAAUAUUUGAGUGCAUAAUGGUGUGACAUAUUUAAUUUAUUUGGUCAUAAAUGUCCUUCCUAUCUGAGAUGGUUUGCUUACUGUGACUAGUUCAGUUCCUUGUUUUGGCAGCCUGUUUACACAUGUGAUACAGACUGUUGAACCGGAGCUAGGCCCUGAUUAGCAGGAUUCUCUACAAAAAACUACCUCCCCCUCCAACCGUGAACACCUCCUUGUGAGUUAUACAACUGGAUUAAAUUGGGGAUUACUUUGAGCAAUUUGUAGUUCAUGUUAUCUUAAUUAAUUGCUUUGGCAUUACAGUGCUGUGGCUUCUACAUUGGGGGAUGCACACAUCAAUUCACUUAUAAGCCAAGCUAAAUAUUAAUGUUUCUUUAUUUAACACACUCUUUGCCAGAGCAUUAUGUAGAGUGCUGCUCACCCUCGGACCAACGCGCUAACACUGUUCUGCCUACUUCAUGUAAACAUACUUGCUCACAAGAGUAUUACAAUAUGCAAACAAAACAUGACCACAAUGUUGUGUUUAAUCUUUUUAACCCUUUAAGGACACAUGACAUGUCAUGAUUCCCUUUUAUUCCAGAAGUUUGGUCCUUAAGGGGUUAAAUCUCCAUGGUGAAAGAAAAAAUCAGGUAGAAUUUACCCCGCAGUUCUAGCUGCAUAAUGCAUUUUAAUCUAGCUAAUGCUAUAUUUGUCUUGUAGAGCCCAUGGGUGUAUUGUGUAUUCAUUAUCCAUGGCCAAUAAAUGUAUUAUAGUUAACAGAUGCAUGAGUACAUUUUCUGAUUUUUAAUUAAUGGUUUCCUGUUGGAAAUUCAAAGUACUGCUGUUAUGAACAACAACCUAUAGUCUGGGAAUAACUGAAGCAUAUCCUUGCUACAUACACCAUAGGAUUCCUCUGUUUUCCUACAACUUGAAAGCUAAACAAGCAAGCUAAUUUGUUUUUAAGUCAUUUUAUACAGUAGCAGUUCAUAUCCAUUAAUGCAAUUUUGAAGAGGAGCCAUAGGGCUUGAAAUGUAGGUUUAUUUUUUAUUUUUUAUUUUAGCGGAACUAUACCACCACUCAGUGUUUGUGGGAUCUCUCGGACUUUGCGGGUAAAUGAACUCUGGGUAGGAUUUUGAGAUCUAGCGUGUUCAUUGUCCACGGCCCAAACAAAACAAAACAGUUUAAUGACUGCAGUGGACAAAUCAGCACGUGAUCUAAUAAUGACCGUAUUGAUAAUAAGAAGCAGAAACAUAGUUGUAUAUAGAUGAAAACAUACAAUCAUUUCUGCAUACUUUUUUUUUUUUUUAAUGGGUAUAUGUAAAACAUCUUGCAACAGCUACAGAUCUCUUAUGUAGGCUCUGUGGCGCUAACAGAAGAGGUAGACAACAUCCCUGAUAGUCCAGGAGGUGCUUCUUUCUACCUGCUUUCUAUUAAAAGGGCAUUACUACAAUCGGUCACAAAUGUGAUGGCUCCAGUGCUGUGUGUGUGGAGUGUCCCUUUAAGAAUAGCUCAUUAUGAUCAAAAGUUUAAUUUGGGAUUGUUGAGUGACAAGCAAAGCCAGCUUGACAGAUGGCAUAAUGACCUGGUAGAGAAGUGUGGCAAAUGCUCAGUGUGGUUUAAAUAAGUACUGGCCAGGAUGGCUCCCUUUGGUUUGUAGGGUUGCUGGGCACUUGUGUGACAUCACAUCUGGGAGUCUGUGUCUUUAAACCACAAGACUGGAAGAAGCAGUAUGUGUGGUGGCACAGUGCCAUGUGCUGUUUUAAACUUUAACUGGAUUUUAGGGUUGCGGCAAUGGCAAUAAUAGACAAAUUGGUGGAAGUAAAUAAAGCCAAAACAAAAUGGGGAGUGAUGAGCUAUAUGUGGCUAUGCAAAAUUAUAGACAUUUAAAAAAAACAAAAAAAAACAAUUUUGAUUUAUUGUAACGAAAAAAAUGAUCAAUGCUCAGAUUAAUAGAUUUUUCUAUGAUAUUUAUUGGUUCUAACAACUUACAGUUUCUUUAAAGGAACACUAUAGGGGCAGGAAUACAUGUUUAAAAACAUCAUCUAGCCCCUCCCAUUGCCCACAGAUAUAGCAAACUCUUUACGCCAGUGUACUGCAGGUAGCUCUGACCAUGAUCUGCCUGCUUGGCUGACAUAAUCAGAAGUAGUUCUCUCAGCCAAUCACUUUGACUGCUUUCCCAUUGGAUUGGCCGAGACUGCCAAGGAGGCAUAGCCAGCACAAUCCAAACACAUCCCUGGCCAAUCCGCAUCUCCUCAUAGAGUUGAAUUAAAUCAAUGAACCUCUAUAAGGAAGGUUCAGUGUCUGCAUGCAGAGGGUGGAUACUCUGAAUGUCAGUGCUGCAACUGCCCCUAGAAUCACCUCUAGCAGCCAUUUAAGGAGUGGCCAGUGGAGGUAUCCCUAAGAUGUAAUGUAAACACUGCAUUUUCUCAAAGAAGACAGUGUUUACAGCAAAAAUCCUGAAGGGAAUGAUUCUACUUACCAGAACAAAAAUAGUAAGGUGAAGUUGUUCUGGUGACAAUAGUGUCCCUUUAAGAAAAAUGUUCUGCUCUUGGGAGUUUGUUGAUUGAACCAAAUUUGCAUUAAAGCUAUAUCAGUGUUUACUGUAUUAUUUUAUAUUUUUCUACCUCCUUCGCCCAUUAUGAAUUGCACACUUUUUUCUUUAGAAUAUUAGUUGUGGUUUUUUUUUGUUUAUCUUUAGACACCUCUUAUCUAGUAUUCUUUCAAAUUCCCCUCUGCAAAUGUGAUCUGAUGUGUGAAGUUGGCAAAUACGGAAGGGUACAUUCAACAGAAAUCCUAAAUUUACAAUUGGUACUGUGUAAUCUCAAACUGCUAUAUAUUGACAAGUUCUGCUUGGUCUGCUGUCUAGCUACCUGUGCUAUGUAUACAAGGUUAGUAUCGCCAAGUCCAGAGUGUAUCUUGCAUACAGACAGUUACCGUAUUUUUCGCUCCAUAAGACGCACUUUUUUUCCCCUCAAAAGUGAGGGGAAAUGUCUGUGCGUCUUAUGGAGCGAAUGUGAAGAAUUACUUACCUGUCUUGGAGCGUGGGCCGGCUUCACAGCGCGCUCCGCGGUCCAGGAACUUCUAUUUCAGGUUCCGGUUUCCGGCGGGAAAAGGAAGUGUGCACACUGUCCCGCCGGAAACCGGAACCUGAAAUAGAAGUUCCCGGACCGCGGAGCGCGCUGUGAAGCCGGCCCACGCUCCAAGACAGGUAAGUAAUUAUGGGACAAGGGGAGGGGGAGACACUAUGGGACAAGGGGAGGGGAGGAGACACUAUGGGACACUAGGGAAAGGGAGGGGGGACACACUAUGGGAGAAAGGGAGGGGAGACACUAUGGGACAAGGGGAGGGGGGGACACUAUGGGAGGGGGGGGACACUAUGGGACAAGGGGAGGGGACACUAUGGAGAAAGGGAGGGGAGGAGACACUAUGGGACAAGGGGAGGGGAGGAGACACUAUGGGACAAGGGGAGGGGAGGAGACACUAUGGGACAAGGGGAGGGGGAGGGAGAAAGGGAGGGGAGACACUAUGGGACAAGGGGAGGGGGGGACACUAUGGGACAAGGGGAGGGGGGACACUAUGGGACAAGGGGAGGGGGAGACACUAUGGGACAAGGGCAGGGGGGGACACUAUGGGAGGGAAAGUGCACUAUGGGACAAUGGGAGGGGGGGACACUAUGGGAUCAGAACACUAAUGGACAAGGGGAGGAGGGGUUAAAGAACACUAUGGGACAGGGUAGGAGGGGUUAACAAUCACUAUGGGACAGGGUAGGAGGGGUUAACAAUCACUAUGGGACAGAGGAAAGGGGGGUUAAAGAUCAUUAUGGGACAGGGGAGAAAAAAAAAUAUUCUGAACAAACUGUCCCAUGGUAAGAAACACUAUGGAACAGUUUGUUCAGAAUAUUUUUUUUUCUGGGUUUCCUCCUCUAAAAACUAGGUGCAUCUUAUGGUGAGGUGCGUCUUAUGGAGCGAAAAAUACGGUAAGUUGAACAUACCUGUCCCUUUAAAUAUAUUAUAUCUGAUUAUAAAAGAUGCAUCCUGUAGAAUUGCAUGAUUAUCCUUUUGUAGACCUUCCCGACUACAAUCUGAGAUGUCAAAAUAAGGUUAUGUGCUAUAUUGGGCCACAAAUUUGAGGAUCCUAAUAGGUUCAAAUAAAUAUUUUGCGUAAGCCGUCAGGCAACAUUCAAAAAUAACAAGUUUUCUAUUAUAGCUCUCUUUAAUGCUGUGAGAACUCGUUUGUCCCAUAUAGAAUGGUUUGUUUUGCUUACUAUAAAACUAUUGCAUAUAAAAAUGGGUCACUCUGCUAAUGCCAUGUAUGUUGUUUGUGCCUCUGUCAAAAACGAUUACGACCCUCUGGACUACGUAUCAUAUGAUAAACCAUAUUGUAUUAGCCACAUUAUUUUCUUCAAACCGUAAACACACUAAUUAGAGCAUUUCAGUAGUCAGGGCUAAUGGUUACUACCCGCCCACGUGGCUACCACCAACAUCUGUGAAGACAGCUGAGAAACAUUUCCACUAUUUUACACAUGUGACCGUGUUGCUUAGCAUAUAUUCUGUGUAUUUUCCUUUUAUAUAGUCACCCUUCUGCCCUGUGUGGUUAUUAGCACUGUCAGCCCACUUAAAACUCGUUAACGGCAUGUAUUUAGCAAGCCCUACAUUGCGUCAUGCCUUCUUUUUUUUUCCUUUCUGGGCUGGUAAAUGAAUGUAUAUUAAAGCUAUCCCUUGUGUUAUCUGCUCUUGGGGAUAUCUGUAAAUAGCAUUCAGUAUUUUCUUUCCAGCUUGCUUGUGUUCUGUACCAUCCUGUGUGUCAUUCCUGCCCUCAAAAGAUAAUUAGACUGUAACUCCAAAGCAUCGAAAAGCUGAUGGCAUCCCCUGAAACCGGAAAAAGCUUUAAGGCCCCAUAUUUGCAAUUCUAGGCAUAUACCUACGUAUCAGAAACCAUUUUAUAGUUGAAAUUCAUUUUUUGAGCAAAAUAGACAGAUUUUAGUCUGAUAAAUGUUGAUUGGGAAAUGUUGAUUAGAAAUUCAGGUUUGUUGGCUUUCUGUAACUUCCUGUAAAUCUGGAUCUAUGGCGCCUAUACGAUUGAAGCAUAUUUUAUGGGAACAUAAUGCCAUCCUAGUAAACCACAAGACCGGACACAGAGUUGUUAACACCCGAGAUAGUAUUAAUUUCCAUUAACACACCGCUCUGUGUUCUGUUUUUUGUUUUUUGUUUAAAUUAGAUAAGAAACUUUAAACAUAAUGAGUAAUUAAAAUCCAGAAUAUAUAAAAUGCACUUUGAUUUAACAGUAAAGUUAAAGUAAGCUUAGGAAACAAGGAAGUAAAGGGGAUAAAUAAAAAGGGAUGAAUUGAAGGUGGAAAAGAUAUUCAGAAGUUAAGGGGUUCUAAAAUUUGGCUAUGGCGGAAAGUUAAAUUAGCUAAGCCAUCAAUGACUUGCUACUCAACGCCCCGGACACCGUAGAUGAGCUACGGAAAUCCAUCCAACUCUACUUCGCCGAAAACACUACUCCCCUCGCAUCCCCGUCUAUAGUAUGGGAAGCACACAAGUGUGUUCUUAGAGGUGAAAUCAUAGCCAAGGCGUCACGACUUAAAAAACUCAGAGAAGCAAGAAUCCACUCCCUCACGACCGAAAUUAGAGAUCUCGAGAACCUACACAAACGUGAUACCAGGCUAACUACUUACACGACACUCACAGCCAAUCGCUCAGAGCUGCGAGAUAUACUCAAUGCAAAAGUUAAACACUCCCUCCUACGCACCAAACACACCUACUACGCCCAAAGUGGGAAAAGCGGUCGGCUCCUAGCACGUGCCCUAAAAAACCAACGCCAAAUGACGUUCAUAUCCAAAAUCAAAACCCCACACGGAGACGUAUCGCAUAAAUUACCAGACAUUCUAGCGUCCUUCCAAGCCUUCUACACGGAACUAUACAACCUCAGGGACUCCCCCCCACCUGAACACGAAGUGGAAACGUUUCUCGCUUCUAGAAUCCACCAGACCAUCCCCGCCAGCGCACUCCAGGCACUAGAAGCCCCAAUCACCCCAGAAGAAGCCCAAAUAGCGUUCCGCAAACUCCCAUUGGGGAAAAGCCCAGGCCCUGAUGGCUUCACAGCUAAAUAUUAUAAGACAUUCACAAAUGACCUGACGGAACCAUUCCAACAAGCCUUUAAUUCAGUAGCUCUCACCGCCUCUCUACCCGCCUCUGCCCUAGAAGCCCACAUAACUCUCAUUCCAAAGCCAGGAAAAGACCCGACUAACUGCGGAAGUUACCGCCCAAUCUCCCUAAUUAAUAUAGAUCUCAAAAUUUUCACCAAAAUACUGGCUAACCGACUAAGACCACUGCUUGACACACUCAUACACACGGACCAAGCCGGAUUUGUCCCAAAUAGAGAAGCCAAACAUAAUACCACCAAAAUCCUGAAUUUAAUCUAUCACGCACAACGCCUUCAGACAGACAGCCUAUUAUUGUCAAUCGACAGGGAAAAGGCGUUUGAUAGAGUAGACUGGGUAUUACUCCUGACGACCCUGAAAACAAUGGGAAUAGGACCUAAAUGGACCAGGUGGCUACAAGCCAUUUACUCGACCCCUACGGCGAAACUACGGAUCAAUGGACAACUGUCUGACCCUGUCCACAUUCGAAACGGUACGAGACAGGGGUGCCCCCUCUCCCCCCCCCCCUAUUCAUACUCACCCUAGAACCCUUUCUAAAUGGCAUCAGAGAUAACCCAGACAUAAAGGGCAUUGUAGUACAACAGACAGAAUAUAAAGUCGCGGCAUUCACCGACGAUCUGCUUUUCACCUCAGGCUCCCCUGACACAUCACUGGCGCCCCUCCUGGCCGAGAUCUCACUCUAUAACACAAUAUCCAACUUCAAAGUAAAUUUCUCCAAGAGCGAAAUUCUACCUAUCAGACUCGAACCCCCUAGGCAACAGCGCUUGCAACACCUGUACCAGUUCGCAUGGGCUGACAAGGCCAUCACAUACUUGGGAGUCCACCUUCCAGCAGACCUAAAAUCUACAUUCAGCCUAAACUUUGAACCCCUUAUCCAAUCCCUUAAUAAAGACCUUAACGAUUGGCACAAACCGCAAUUUAGUUGGCUCUGUAGGAUUAACAUCCUUAAGAUGACAGUACUCCCCAAGGUGCUUUACCUACUGCAAACCCUGCCCAUCACUAUACCCAAAUCAUAUUUCACCAAAUUAAGACAACUUUUCACCACCUUCAUCUGGGCACAUAAACAUCCUAGAAUCCCCUACGAAAUUUUAACCAAACACAAAGCCAGCGGAGGCCUAGGCCUACCACACAUGGAAAGAUACCACCAAGCCGCCAUCCUAUCCAGGAUAUAUGAAUGGACCACUAGUCCUCCGGCAAGGCAAUGGGGAAAGCUUGAAAGCGCUGCAUUCACGGUACCCCUCUACACAAUACCGUGGCAAAGAACUAACAUGACCGCGCUACUUACCCACCAUGCCUCCCACCCCACAAUCCUCCCUACACUCAAGGUUUGGUCACGUAUAAGAGAACUCCCGAACAUCUCCCCACACCCGUCUCCCUUAUACCCAAUCACACACAACCCACUCUUUCCACCGGGCCUACAGAAGGACACCUAUCAAAAUUUACAGGAUUCGGCCGAUGCGCUUUAUCUCACACUGAGGAGAGUAUUAGACAACAACUCUAUCCGCCCUCUCACCGAACUAACAGCACAAGACAAACCGUCUACCCUGACAACUUUCCACUACGUACAACUGACCCACUUCAUAGAGUCCAACCCUAUACUAAAAACAGGUUCCCGCACACUCACAGACUACGAAAUACACUGUACAACACAGAACGUUAAAACCAAACACCUAUCGACGUUCUACAGACUUAUUCAAGACAACCAUAAUAAGUCGAUACCCAGGUUCACAGAGGCGUGGGAGAGGGACCUUAACAUAACCCUCUCAGAACUCCAGUGGAAAACUAUACUUACACAAAUCCACAAAACCUCCAUUUGCAACAGGUUACAAGAAAGUGGAUACAAGAGAAUGUCUCGCUGGCACUACUCACCGGCGAAAUUACAUAACCUCUUCCCACAGACCCAGGGUACUUGUUGGAAAUGCCAUCAACAGGGGGCGACCUUAGCACACAUAUGGUGGCACUGCCCUAACAUACAAAUAUACUGGAACCACAUACUGUCUAUGGUCAGGAUAGUGACGGGGCUGACGCUCCCCACAACACCCCAAUCCCUACUUUUCUUGCUCCCGCACACGCCUCUACCGAAGCCAAUGCGUACACUGGUAGCACAAUUACUCUUAGCGGCCAACGCCCUCAUUCCCGCAAAAUGGAAAAACCCUGAGACCCCCACAAUCAGAGAAUGGAUCACGAAGGUAGAUGGGAUUAAAGACAUGGAAGAAAUUCAUGCAUCCAUAACACACACAUACCCACUCUUUCGUGAGGUGUGGAGCCCCUGGGAAAAAUUCAUGACCAAACCGGAUCCCAUGAUUCACAUCCAUACUUAAAACUACAUUAGAGAUUGCCCACCGUUUCACAUACAACGAGACGGUCUAGAUUCAGCACCGGUCUGUCCGAGACCACCCCUCCCCACCCUUUCCUACCCCUAGUUCUAGUCCCCCCCUCUUCUUCUUGUCGGCCCUCACCCCAGCCAUCAACCGCACUAGAUGACGAUAAUAGGAUGAGACGCACAAGAGAUGCACGCUUACGGUCCAAACGGGUCAUCAGCUACCACCCUCAAGUAUCAUAACUCUAACUGAACACGUACAGAGUAUCACGCAGCUCACACUCUCAGAACGAGAGUUUGACUACCUCAACAAUGAGACAAGCCCAGCCCACACUGUGGGCACGACGUACUGGCCUUAUGAAGACCGGAUAUACACCCUGCAAAGUGACGAGUGAUAGACCCACACACUAUGACAAGACCCAACGGGACUAGACGACAUUCCCUCCCCCUCCACCACCACGUUUAUCCUGAAUAGUCAUAGCCCCUGACCACUCAGGACGGUACAGAAUAGACCUAUACCCAACACGUGUAACCUUCCUCUAUUAUUUCAAACCAUGUAUUUCCCAUAUAUGGCUAUUAUCUAACUCUGUAAUAUGCGUUUUUGACAAUAAAAGACUUAAAAAAAAAAAAAAAAUUUAGCUAAACCAGGGUGGUCUACUAAUAAGUUGUUGCCUCUAAGAAGUUGUUUCAGGAGGUUACCAAAUAUAGGUUUGCAUGUCGGUGUUAAGGGGGAGUAUAUAUGGUGUCCACAGUGUUCUGGUCAAUUAAGUUUGCCAAAGUGCCCAACCACUACAAAGGGAAAAGAACAUUUUGUCUAAAAAUAAGUGCCAAGCAAAUUUUGAACUGCAACCAGUAGCAGGUGUCAGAGGGCCUCAGUUCCAUUGGGAGAAAGGAUUUUUAAGGACAUUUGUUGGUAGGAAGCUUAUUCGGAGGAAAUAUGUGUCAUGGAAAUGCAUUUAAAGUUUCUUUAAUCUUAGGUCAGCACUGGGACAUGUUGUUUGUGGCUGAUAAUAAUAUGCCAGGAGAGGAGUUGGGGAGACAGUGUCUUUCUCCCCAUUUCUAAUAUCUUUAUUGGGAGAGAGGCCGAUAACAUAAAGCAACAUGUGAACAUUCUUUAUUUUCAUUUUACAUUUUUUUUAUCUAAUUUUAAAAUGUGAAAAAAGUGGAAGCGUUUAGCAACUCGGCCACAAAGGUGAAGACCAUGUACAGUCACAGAGGGUCACUGAAUGCUGAUGCGCAUGGUGCGUAAAAGUCACCAACACUCUAAUUCCAUAGCUGAAAAGUUCCAAACUCCCACUGGCAAUAAUAUCAGUACAAAAAAUGUGCAGCGGGAACUGCAUGCAAGCACAAUGCCAAGCAGAUUAAGUGUUUUAAAGCACACCGCCACUGGACUAUGGAACAGUGGAAAGGUGUUCUAUGGAGUGACAAAUCACACUUUUCUGUUUGGCAAUCUGAUGGGCAAGUCUGGGUUUGGCGGAUGCCAGGAGCCCGUUACCUGCCUGACUGCAUUGUGCCAACUGUAGAGUUUAUUUAGAAAAUUGGGCCGAAAUGUUCUUAUCUGCCGUCACAUUCUAUGUGUCUAUGUUUCGAGGAGGGAUAAUGGUAUGGGGUUAUUUUUCAGGAGUUCUGCUAGGCCCCUUACAUCUAUCUAUCAAUCUAGCUAAACAGCAAAGCUAACGCCAUAGAGGGGACGUAGAAAUAAUACACUAUGAGAUAAAUGCUCUUGCUACCCUAACUGAAAAAACCUUAACAUUUUGCAUGGUAAUGUACAUUGUUUUGCAUCACCAAAACAAAACAAAAUAUAGAUUUGACUAUCGACAUACCUGAAAUGUUCAUGUGUUUUGGUAACAUACUGGCUGGUGUCCAACAUUACACAAUGUUGCUGUUUUGACUCAUAUGGGAACUAUAUAUGGGUGUGUGCUUAUUUAUGUGUACGUCUGUGUGUACAUGUGACGAAAGAAGCACUUCUGUCAAAACUGACAAAAAUAACAAAACGGAAAACAAACAUAAGAGGAUAGGGUGCUCUCCCAGAGGGGAAAACCCUGCAUGUCUAGGCUGUGUACUAAGGAAGAGGAUGAGAGCUUUCCAUUCUGUUAUCCACCAACACUGUUUCUAUGACAACAGAUACUGCCAGAGUAAGGAACUGAUCUGUUGCUAUGGUGCCAGGAGAGGAUGAUUCUGUUGGAAAACAUUCUGUAAUUAACCUGGGCACAAACAAAUGCAAAUGCCUCACUUUGAAGAGUGCCUUUUCCUUCUGAUGUGAGUAAAUGCUCACCUAUUGGGAUUUGCCAGCGCACCCAGUAUUUAUACAAUGGUUCUCAUCGACCUGAUGUUGCUAUAGACUAAACUGAGAGGUAUUUAGGCUUGGCACAAGAGAUGUAAGUUCACCACCGACCUUUUCUACAUGUGGUCUCAAAGCUCUAUCCUCCUUUGUGCCUCGAAAUCGGAUUAUGACACUUCCUGACAGCUUGGCAGAUGAAAAGAAAUCUUCUUAUUUCUUUCCCUUUGUUUUUCAUUUUUUUUUGCACAUAGACCUGGGAGAACCAUACUCAAAUUAGCAAUCUGUUCCCAAUUAAACGUAUUCCAAACAAAAUAAAGACAUGAAUUAAAUGAUGCUCUUGUGUGAUUAGAAAAUGCAUUGCCAGAAAUUAAAAAAAGGCAAGCUGCCAGGGAGACUGCAAAAUUUCAUUAUAAAUGUGUAUCAAAUAUGUAUUUCAAGGAAUUGCGACAUGCAUAUAUUAAUACAAUGGUCCUUUUGUUCAUAUUUAUCGUUUAAAUUGGUUAGCAGUAGGAUCAGUUCCAGUAGGUGCUUAACCAAUAUACAAGUAACUUAAUGACUUAAAGUGGAGUAAAUGGAUCCACAGUUGAGUUUUUUGUUUAGUUUUUUAGACAAAAAAAUACAAGCAAAUAUUCCUACUUAAAAGACUUAUACAUGUGCAUUUACACAUGUACACAUUCUACAUUUUUAGACCUUAUUGUAGGUCAUUGUUAUGAUUUCAUCAAAAGCAAGACUGUUCAACCAGAUACACUAAUGUCUCCCCCAGUGUAUUUUAAUUAGCCUUUCGUCGCUCAUCAUAAAUCAAAUCAGACUGCAAAGCAAAUCCGUCGGAACCGUAUGAAGAAAUAUUAUAUAUAACAGGCAAAUAAUAGUGUAAAUUAGAGAGACACAAUGUGUAACUCCUUCACUACCAACCAUGUUUAUGUACCUAUAUAGUUAUCUUUAAUUUGCAUUGCACUACUAAAGCUUUAGCUAGUUCCUCUAUUCCUCACCCACAUUUUCUUUCCGUAAUUUAAUGUGGGUUCUAGGAAAUCAUUUGGGUUUUUGUGCAGAAUAGGCAUUGUUGUUGGAAUCCCCAGAUAUUUGACUGUAAAGCACCAAGAGUUAUAAUUCUUGCAAAAUAUAUAUUGGCCUCAGAUCUUUCGUGGGCUUGGACUAGAGCUUCAAGCUGGAGAGUAGAGACCACCCAUAAGAGUUAUAGUUGGGCAGUGCAGCAGUAGACCUCAUGAGGAGGCCCCUGUCUGCAACCUGAUGUACCCUGAUUCCAGAUGCCAUUGUUGAGCAAGAAAGCCCUGUCUUUUUCACCUUGUAAGUGUCUCUGCCUGUUUGAAAUAGUAAAGUUCUGGGGCACUUCUCAAGCACUGUGUGCCCUAGAGAUGUAUCUCUAGUCCACACACUCCCCUCACAAACUGGAACUAUCCAACUGUACUACAGAAUCCUCAGCAGGAAAUGACCCUCUUACACAUUUGUGUUUUGGUUUCCUAAAUGAUCCAAAGAACUUCCCCUGGAGUACAGUGUUCUAUCCUGGCAAGGACUCGGAAUCAUUCAAACAAGGACCAGAUAGAGUCAAAAGAACAAAAGGAGGAACUGCAGCUGAAAGAGACCAGAGAGCACAUAUUAAGUCUAGAUAGUAAUAAAGGGAGUAAAGUCUACCGCGGGACUAGGGCCAAGUCAGAGGAGUGACCAGAGACUGGUUGAGGUCAAGUUUUGCCCCAGUUAUAUAUCCCUGUUCUGCUGAAAUAGAAGUCUUAAAUAAUUUUUUGAAGUACAGAUGCCUCAUUUGUUUAACAAACGUUACAAAAAAUGUAUAAAACAAAUCUGUAAAGGUUUUUCGUAUUUCUUUUGUUGCAGUAGAAACAUGGAAUCUGACGGCAGAUAAGAACUAUUCGGCCCAUCUAGUCUGCCUAAUUUUCUAAAUACCUUUGUCUCCUGUGUCUCUCAGUAAAGAAAUGCAUCCUGAUAUUGUUUUUAAACCUUUGCCCCUAUAAUUUAAGACUGUCCUCUUGUGGUUUUCCUUCUUUUAAAUAUACUCUCCUUCUUUACUUUGUUGAUUCCCUUACUGUAUUUAAAUGUUUCUAUCAUAUCUCUCCUGUCUCAUCCUUUCUCCAAGCUAUACAUGUUAAUAUCCUUUAACCUUUCCUGGUACAUUUUAUCCUGCAAUCUAUGAACCAGUUUAGUAGCCCUUCUAUGAACACUCUCUAAAGUAUCAAUAUCCUUCUGGAGAUAUGGUCUCCAGUACAGUGUACAACAUUCUAAGUAAGGUCUCACCAGUGCUCUCUACAGUAGCAUGGACACUUCCCUCUUUCUACUGCUAAUACCUCUCACUAUACAACCAAGCAUUCUGUUAGCAUUUCCUGGUGUUCUAUUACAUUGUCUGCCUACCUUUAAGUCAUCUAAAAUAAAUAAUUACUCCUAAACCCCUUUCUUUGGAUGUUGAGGUUAGGGCUGUAUCAAAUAUUCUGUACUCUGCCCUUGGGUUUUUACGCCCAAGAUGCAUUAUCUUGCACGUAUCCACAUUAAAUGUCAGUUGCCACAGCUCUGACAAUUUUUCCAGUUUACCUAAAUCAUUUGGCUUAUCUCUCCUGGAACAUUAACCCUGUUACAAAUGUUUGUAUCAUCUGCAAAAAGACAUACCUUACCAUCAAGACCUUCUGCAAUAUCACUAAUAAAAAUAUUGAAAAAAUGAAGUACAAAUCCCUGAAGUACCCUGCUGGUAACUAGACCUUGCUUUGAAUAUACUCCAUUGAUUAUAACCCUCUGUUGCCUGCACCACUGCCUUACCCAUUAAACAAUAUUGGAAUCCAAACUUAAAGAUUGCAAUUUAUUGAUAAGCCUUCUAUGUGGAACAGUGUCAAAAGCCUUACUGAAAUCUUGGUAAGCAAUGUCUACGUCACCACCUUGAUCUAUUAUUUUAGUUACCCAAUCAAAAAACUCAAUAAGAAUAAUCUCCCUGAAGUAAAUUCUUGUUUUCUCCGAUCUUGAAAUCCAUGUGAUUUUUAGAUGUUCAACAAUCCUAUCCUUUAACAUGGUUUCUAUUACUUUCCCUACUAAUAAAGCGAGGCUUAGUGGCCUAUAGUUUCCUUACUCCUCCUUACUACAUUUCUUGUGAAUUGGAACAACAUUCGCUAAUUUUCUAUCUUCUGGGACUACUCCCGUUAAUGAUUGGUUAAAUAAAUCAGUAAACCAUUUUGCUAGUACACCACUAAGUUCUUUUAAAGGGCUAAUUUCUAUGCAUGUUGUAGUCACUGUUAAGUUAAAAUGUCUAAAAUGUCUGCUCGUAAAGUUGACAAGUGCCGGCUGUCUCCAUGCUACAGAACUUAACUUUUAACGACUGGCAUUUAGUGGCUGCAAUAUGUUUUAACAUCUACCACAUAGAUUAAUAGGAAACACUGGUGCUGUAUAACAACUGGUUUUCAUGUUGGAUUGUAAAAAGUAGCACCAGAUUGGAAGAAAUUGCUAAUUCUCUCUAGUUUAUACCUACUUUAGCUGGGUGUAAAUUGCAUGUUAGCAACUGGAAGCCCCCAGUACAUCUUAUAAGAAAAUAAACAUUUAUUCACAUAUAAGUACAAAUAAACAUUAAAGCUGUUCUUUAAGCAUGGUGCGUGUUUGUCAGGAAUUCAGUGUAAAUUCAAAGUGAAUUCUAGUUUAGCAUUUCAGCUUUUUUUAAUAUAACCGUCAAAUUUGAAAUUCACUUGUAAUUUUUCUUUGUGUGCGUAACCCUGUAUAGUAAUUUGUACUUGAAAUUGAAAUUCAAAAGCUAAAAUAGCCAAACUGUACCUGUAGCAAAGUUGUUUAAUUUUCAGCUUAAUUUUCAACAAAUUCCAUACAAUUCUCUGUUUAGUCAAUAAACUUUUAAAGGUAACUGGCUCAGAGGAUUGCAGGUGAUGUAAAUACACUUUAUGAACUUUUUGACAGUUGAGUUGCUAUGCCAAGUAAUUGGAAAAGUUGCCUUUUUGUCCACAUUCCAAAAUGGUAAACGCUAAAGUGGAUGCAAGUGAGCGCUGAUGUUAAAGGGUUCCUGUCGUGGUGCUUCGUCUCUAAUUCAUCUUCGUUCCUCAGACUAGCUAUACAUUGUGCUAAGACAAUUUAUGAGUUUCGUCCGUUUGAGAGAGAGCAUGUCUACAGCAUCAUCAAUAUGGGGGGCUGUGCUAUUAAUUGUGUAGUGGAAUGAGACUUUGCAAAGAGGGGCUAAGCUGGAGAGGAAAUCACAGCCCACAAAGACAUUCAGUGUAUCUCUAUGAGGAGGUGCUGCUUGGCCAGGGCUGUGCUCGGCUUGUGCUGGCUUUGCCCCUGAUCUGCCUCCUGGACAUUCUCUGACAAUCACUUCUGAUGAUGUCAGCCAAGCAGGCAGAUCAGGGGAAGAGCCAGCAGCAACAGACUGGGAAAAAAGGUAAGAUUUUGCUAUAUUUACGGGGAUCAGGGGGGUCCCCCUACUAUUGCAAAUGGUAUGCCAUUAUGGGGUUAAUUUACAUAACUAUAUGCAGUCAGGUUAAAUACGUGUAUUACAAAACAUAUUACAUACCUAUUUAAAAAAAACUGUGAAGGGUGGGCUAUAUCUACUUAUUUCUUAUAUAAAAGAGGUUAUUGUCUGUUUGGCAGACUUGAGAGGACAAAAACAUUUAUGCCAAGUUUUUCCUGUGUGACUCAUGUUGUUGUUUUUAAUUACAGGGACUUAUAAUAAUUGGUGUACUGUACAUUGACUAGUAUUUUAGGUCUGAUUCAUUACAAAAACGCAAAAGACAAUGGGAUUUUAUAGAAUGCUGUAAGUAUCAGGUUAUUUUCAAACAAUGUUUUCAAAGUGGCAAUAACACAAACACAGUACCAUACAAACAAAACAAACAAAUUUCUAAAGUAACGCUUAUUCAUAGGUUAUAUGUAGCUUUCAGAGUUUGUUUCCAGUGCUAUCCAUAGGAUCAGUUUGGGCAGCGCCCCUCUUAUUUUUAUGUGUUUUCAGUGGUAGCGGUUUGAGAAGCUUACUUGAGAACAUCUAGGUGUGUCAAAAAAUGGUUUGAAAUCUGCCCUGUUUCAGCAGGUUUUGCACUUGCCUAGUGUCCUUUAAGUGGGAAUCUCAGAAGUUUCCACUGAGUUGCACCGGCUAGGCAUGCUAUUGGCCUCUCUAUUGAGGGGUCAUCAUUGGCUCAUAGCACCAGGGGGUGGGUUUACAGUGCCCACAGAAGAGAGAAGCAAGAAGCCACCUUGGAAGUAACAGAGAGAGCAUAGCAGUGGGAGCUCCUGGCCCCUGCCAAAUGUAAGUAUAUAAUAUUUUUUUAUCUAUUCAUCUAUCCAAAAGCCCUAGUGACUGCCUGAGGGCUAAUUUUUUUUAAACACAUAGAACACCCGCUGUCCUUAAGGGGUUAAGGACUGAGCCAAUUGUACAAGUUGUGAUCAAAACAAAAUGUAAACAAAACCUUGAAUUUGCGCUAUGUCUGUUCAGGUGUAAUUCACCUUUUUCAUAUUAUGUGCACCCACACUUAACAUAUAUAAUUUGUUCAGGAGAAACAGGGCUUUCAUGUCACAUCAAAUAUUUGUAUAUUAAACAUAAUUUAAUAUCAAUAAAAUAUUUUUAAAAAUGAGAAAUUUUACCGUGAAUGUCACAAUACUGUUAGCUGUUACUGCAAUAAAAUACACAUAUUUGUCUUCAGCGAUGUCUCACAUGUAAAACGGUACCCCCAAUGUACAGGUUUUAUGGUGUUUUGAAAAGUUACAGAGUCAAAUAUAGCGUGUUACAUUUUUCAGUUUAUACACAUUGAAAUUCGCCAGAUUGGUUACGUUGCAUUUGAGGCCAAAUGGUAGCCCACAAAUGAAAAUUACCCCCAUGAUGGCAUACCACUUGCAAAAGUAGACUACCCAAGGUAUUACAAAUGGGGGAUGUCCAGUCUUUUUUAGUAGCCACUUAGUCACAAACACGGGCCAAAGUUAGCGUUUAUAUUUGUGUGUGAAAAAUGCAAAAAACUAAAUUGAAUGCUAAUUUUGGCCAGUGUUUGUGACUAAGUGGCUACUAAAAAAGACUGGACAUCCCCCAUUUGCAAUACCUUGGAUUGUCUACUUUUGCAAAUGGUAUGCCAUCAUGGGGGUAAUGUUCAUUCCUGGGCUACCAUACGGUCUCAAAGGCAACAUAACCAAUCUGGCAAAUUUCAAUGUGAAAAAAAGGAAACGCAAGCCUUAUAUUUGACUCAGUAACUUUUGAAAACACCCUAAAAAGACUUCGCUUAACACAAAUAUUAGCGUUUUAAAAUAGUAAAACAUAUCACAACAAUUAUAUCGUCAGUGAACAUACAGUUUUUGUAUGAAAAUGCAAAAAAACUGCAUUUUUACUGAUGAUAUCAUCGUGAUAUGUUUUACUGUUUUGACACCCUAAUAUUUGUGUUCAGCCAAGUCUCCCAAGUAAAACAGCACCCCCCAUGUACAGGUUUUAUGGUAAUAAUAUGGACAGGAGUUAAUCUGUCCAAAUUGAGUGGAGAGUUUUGUUAAUGAACGUGGAGUACUCUAGAAAAUUAUAUUAAAGGGAGCUUCUAACUCACAUAAAUCUCUACUGGUAUAAAAAGGCUUGAAAAAUUGUGUAUAGAAGAAUACUAGAUCCUAAACGUACCAGGAAAUAUAUAGUGAGAAAGAAGUCACAAGAAACAUAAAAAAAAUUGGUAAACAUGUCAAAUAUAUAUACAGGAGGAGCGCUGCCCAAAUUGGGGAAAGGUAGGGCACUGUUAACUAAACAGUGAACUGAGAAAAUAGUGAUUAUACAGAUUAUACAGUAAGGAUAAAAUGCAAUCCCAAUAAUUGUAAAUAAACAGAUAACAAAUCAUAUAUAUAUAUAUAUAUAUAUAUAUUAUAUUAUACAUCUAAAAACAGUUAAAUGCUGAAAGUUUGUAACCAAAUGAAUAGUACUUUCUUAUAGCAAAAUUGUAUCAGCUCUCAAAGUAGCAGACUCCUUUUACUAAUAAUAAUUUGAAGCUGGUAUUUUUCUAACCUAUAAACAACAAUGAAAAUAGGUACAAAAGUCUUCUUCAACAAUACCUGACCAUAUGGUGGUCUCUUUUAUUGGGUGCUGUCUUGAAAUCUACAAAGGUCAGAAGGUAGGAGACAUAGUGUUCUCUGUUGAUACUUUAUUAGUAAUGACACAACGGUUAAAACACUUACAGGCUCUCGGGAAUGCUAGGCAUAUCUGUGUACACGCAGGGAUCCCAACUCCAAAGAAUGCAGGAUUGAAAUUUCUUAAAUUGAAAAGACUUUCGCUGGGUUGAAAGUGGGGAAUCAGUCCUUACAAUGUAGAUGAAGAUUAGAGAUCACUGCGUUUGUUUCACCGGAGAACCGGGAAACAGCUCCUGCGUUCCAGUGCUAGUCUUCUCCACGAGAGUCUCUGUUCUGUGUAAACUGCCUUACGCGUUUCGUGACUGGAAAUGUCACUUCUUCAGAGGCUGAUGAUGUGAAAGGUUUCAAUGGGAUUUAAAUAUAGUCCAUAAUAGCAUAACAAUUAUUGGAACGCUAUGUUAAUCAACUGAUUGAAGACAUCAGUACAGUUAACAUAAAAACCUUCUAAGAGUGCUUAAAACAGGAAUAGUACAUUAAAAAUGAGCGAUACAAAAUGUAAAAUAAAAGUAAGAAUAAACAGUGACGUAAAAACAGAAUAGGUAUUGCAAGUGAAGUACUGGAUGUGUAUAUACAUAUAUCGUUCUGUUAGUGGAUAGCAAGAGAGUUGAUGCUGACUUGCAUAUGGGAGCGAGAUCACAAUUGUGAACAUAUCGCCAUUAUGCAACAGUACCAAUAUUAUAAAACAAAUAAUGUAAUAUAAACGGAGACCUGGAUAUUUGUACAGAUAAAACUAUGUAAACAACUUAGAAUGACAUCAAAUCUGAUUCAAUGCAGCAAUAUUUUGGGCAUAUCACUGAUACACGAAUCGACAUAUUGUAACAAACUUGGUGUUUGGUAUUAAGCCAAUACUUAAUCAGAUAUAUAUCAUUCUUAUAAAAUAGAUAAGUUAGAAAUAAAAAUAAAGAUCGAAAUAAAGUUCUCUUAUCGCUUCUGCAGAAAUAGCCAAGUGAAACGUUGCUAUUUCAAUCAAAUGAUCUCAGAGGCCAUCAGAUUGGCACAGUGUUGUUAUGCUUCUAUAGGAAAGCAUUGGAUUGGGUGAGAUUAUCAAGAUUGAUGAUCCCAGCCAAGGAGAUGGUGGAGUUAGCUGUGGAGAGCAUGGGUUGAAAGGUAAAUAAAAUAUCUCUUUAUCCCUUUGGGAAGUGAGGGGGGAUUACCCAAAUGGUGACUAGGGCGCUAGUGUAUUGAGUAUAUGUUUGUACACCUAAUGCUAGAGUUCCUUUUACUGUUAAAUGUCAGAGAAUCCAGUUUAGCUUGGUCUCAGGGAGACUACACAAUUCAAAUGGAGAAGGGUAUUAGAAAUACUGUUUCUGUUUAUAUGCUUUCUCUAUGCUGACUUUCAGGUGCAAAGAACACCGCUUAUGGCCAUGGGCGUCCGCAUAACUGUAAUGACAUCCAUGCUCUGCCUCUUUUUUACUGUGUCAUGAAGGGGACGGGCAUAGUCAUUAUCACAUAAAGCGUAGACAUGUAGACUGAUUGAGAAACCUGAUGCAAAAUCUUAUUAGAAGAAUCAAGUUGCCAUUGUCUGAUUUGAGGGUUGCCAUUUCUAAUCUGUUUUAAUGUUAACACUAUUCAAUGCAACACAUUAGUCAUACAGCCAUGAUCAAGGCACUAUAACUGAAUUAUAUAAAUGUAGAAUCUGCAUUUGGUGUUACAUUUGGCCACAACAAUAGGUGGCAUUAACAAUACCAGCUUGAGCACCAGAUUGCACCCUCUACAUCAUAUUGCACCUACAGCACAUUUGAGAUCACAGCACCAGAUUGCACACACAUUGCCCCCCUCCCACUACCCCCUUGUGUGUCUCUUUCUCUCCUCAAGGGGACCAUAGAGGAUCUUCUAUUUCCUCUACCCGGCUGGUCUGACUUGAAGCUGCUCGAGCACACAGGGGCACACCUAGAGCAUUUGACACCACUAGCUGGUCCAGUAUUUUUUAAUUUUUCAAGAAUAUUUGCUGCAUUCAUUUGUAAACUAAAAGUUAGAGUCCCCUCAAGGCCCCAUUAGAGACUACAAUGAAAUCUAAUGGGUCCUGGAAAGGGGUCUCUCUGUCACUUGUCACCUUAAUUACUGUGGACGCCCAUGCUUAUGGCUAUGACCGACAGGAAACCAAGAUAAAGGCACACAAUUGCAGGGUAAGGGGUGUGAAUUUCUCCUUUUAAUUUAAUUUUUCACACCUCACAGAUUUAGAUUUGUUAAAUAUAAGAGAUAUGUAAACCUAAUAUUUAAAAAUAAAAAAUAAGAAAAAAAACACCCUGGAAGUUACAGUUCCCAUAAAAUGGUUUUACAUAGAAAUUUGACAUCUAAGUCUCAAAGCAACGGUACUGUCAAGAGACUUUUGUAUCCCAAAUUGAUAGCUUGCAUUUUAUUCUUCACAAUCCUCUGCUGCAGAUAAAAAGCUACAAAAUGUGCAGAUUAUUGUCAAGUGCGUUUUUGGUUUUCUUACUCCCACUGUGUUAUUCAAACCAGUAAAUGCUAAAAUCAAUUUUACUGGGGUGAAGGAACAAGGACCUGUCACUUCCGAGAGGUGAAUAUUCCACUUUAAAUUGAUAAUCUGGGCAUUUAGCAGUUUUCUUUUUCUGUCUAUGCAGCAAAAAAAGUCUAUAUAAUAAAUUAAAAUGAAAUUCUACACUGUAAAAGCUGAUAUGUCUUCCUGUAACUUCUGUAGCAAUAGCGUUAACUUGGGGGCAUUUGAAACGAGUUAAUUGAACAUUUUGGAAACGGUACUCGGGGAGGAGCGUAGCACACAUGCCUUUAUGAAGAUGUGGCCUCUUGUAAGCCAGUUCUAUUUCAGGAAUGUAGGUUUACUGAAGCUGCAAAGCUGCUUACCAUCCGCAUGCUACCAGUCAGUCUGCAUUUACAAAUAACCUGAUGGGGGGAGAAAAAAGCCUUUAGAUACAUUUGGAUCCUGGCUAACCAGCUGUAGCUAGCACACAUCUCCUGGUGCUUGAUCAUUUCCCCAAUGCUAGUAACCUAGAACAGGGAUAGGCAAACUUCGGCACUCCAGAUGUUGUGGACUACAUCCCCCAUAAUGCCCUUACACCCAUAAUGCUGGCAAAGCAGCAUUGGAGGUGUAGUCCAAAACAGCUGCAGUGCCGAAGGUUGCCUAUGCCUGACCUAGAAUGUGCUGCUUGUGUAAAAAAAAACAAAACAGAAAAACCUCAAUAUCACCAUUGUUAGACUCGUUCAUUUGUAGAAACUGCUAAUGUGUUUUGUCUAGGAAAUAGUCUUUGCACAACAUAGAAAAUCCAUUAACUUGUGCAUAAACAGCCUUUUCAGUUAUCUGUUUUUAGUAUUUGAGCAGAAGCGAGUUUAUUUUAUUCCUUUUAUUGUCUGCAGUAGUUGUAAAACGAAAAACAAUCUCUGCCGACAAGUAUCUUGGUGUUUGUAUGUAGAGCUAAUAACAAUUCAUAAGCAAUUCAAGACUAGGUGGCUUAUCUCUUGCUAAGCCGGUUUAGGCUCUCUAUUUUGCCUAAUUAAAAAGUAAAAUUCUCUUAUUUAUUGCUCUUGGCUGUUGUUGUGUUUUAGAGCCUGCUGACCCAGUUUAUUCAUUCCAUUUCAAUAAAAUUUCUAUAUUCUCCCCCAGUUUUAGUGUGUGUGUGUGUGUGUGUGUGUGUGUCUGUUUAAUGAAUAUUAAAUUGAAUAUAUUAUAUUCAAUUUAUAAUUGUGUGUGUGUGUGUGUCUGUGUGCGUAUGUAUGUAUGUAUGUAUGUAUAUACCCAUCCAACGAUGUGGCAGCACUCACGGUCUUUAAAGUCCAAUUUUUUAUUAUGAAGAAAUAUAUUAUAUUCAAUUUUUAAUUUUGUGUGUGUGUGUGUGUAUAUAUAUAUAUAUAUGUAUAUAUGUGUGUGUGUGUGUGCGUGUGUGUAUAUACACACAAUAUAUCUAUUAACUUAUGCAUAUUAACGUGAGUGUGUGUGUGUGUAUAUAAUAUACAUUCAAGAUCCAGCACACUCACUCAUUCACUUACAAACUAUUUCAAAGCUCACAGAAUGUAAUAGUUUUUUUUGUUAUUAUAUAUUAUAUAUUAUAUGCUUGACUAUAAUAAGAUCAGGCUGAAGGAGAAACAAUGUCUGCCAUCGAGGCUAAGACUGGAAGUGUGUGUUUUUCCACAUAUUUUUGUCAUUAAUAGCAUGUAAUUCAAACAAAAGUAUAAGAAAUGAGUAAGCAUCAUAAAUGCACAGUUUAGUAAAGAACAGUAUUUUUUUUUAUGAAUAUGAAUGAAAAUGAAUAAAACAAAACAAAACCCAAAAUGGUACAGUCGAUAACAAUAGCUUUUAUCUGCAUAAAGGAAAAAAAAAAGGAACAAAGUGUAUGUGCAAUAGCUAUAACAACAAAUGUUCCAAUAUAUAUUAUAAUAGAGAUCACAUUGUGUACACAUGGUAUAUAUACAAGGCAUACACUGCUAGCCAGGACUACCUGCUGCAAGUCUGAUUGUACCUUAGCAGGUGAAUUGCUACUUGGCAGGGAUAAAUUGUCAAUCUACAAAAGCCAAUGGUGAACUAAAUUUAUCUGUAAAACCGAUCUUGCUUUAAAUGCAGUGUUUUGUUUAAAAUGUUCCUAAACCAAAGAAAAUGAAGAAUGUACUCUAAAACGAAAUGUGUCAUGAUCACAAGGAUCACUGGAAAUCAACCAGUUGAUAAAUAUAUUUUUCUGUAACUUUAAUGACAAUUAUUUACUUGUGCUACACUGGGUCAUACCAACAUUUUGAUGUGAAACGACAAAGAGAUCUAUUCACUUUACUCAAAUCAAAUGCUGAUAUUGCUUACUAUGGAAUCCUGUUUUAUCAAGGAUUUCCACCUCUCCCCAGGUUAUCUUGUUCUCAGUGAAAGGUUUGUGAUGACAUUAUACUCACUAUUCUAUGUUAUCAACCCAGGUGUCAUGACUCUGUGUUUGUUGGCUGUUGUAUGGACUCGGAUCACUACACCUCCAUAAUAUUCAUGGACAGUUUAAACAUGUUGGGAGUUUGCUCAUUUUCUUGGUCUGAGGAGAACUGCCCAACUCCACAGAGCUGAGCCCUUUAAAUCAAGCAGACUAGCAUUUUAGAGGUGUUAAAGGGCCUUUCUCUGUAGUUCUCAUAUUUCAUGGCAAUAUCCGUAUUACCAGUUUGUUUUUUGUGUUUCAUUAAAUAAAUCCUAAUAAUGACUUGGGUUCUUAUUUCUCUAUAUAAACUACAAAUAAAAGUUUAAUGCUGUUGGUGAACUGAAAUUGGUUUCAAAGUAAAUCUGAUCAUUACUUUGACCAUUAGUUUUUCCAACUAAAAAAAAAAAAGAUUUUCUCUAUUUAAUAUUGAUUUAUAACACCACUUUUCAAUUUUAGUUCAGAGUAUUUUUGGUUGUCUGAUUUUUAGUCUUAUUUUCAUUUAGUGUGAAUGACUACAGACACCCUAAAAUGCCAAAAAUAUAUUGAGUCUUUGUGGAAUGUAGGCAUGGCAUUAAUUUAGUCUUGGUAUGAUAUAGAAGUAGUUACAUCGUUGGCCAAGUUAUUACAGAACUGUAAAGCUUCUAAAUUGCUCUAUAGUGGUCUACACUGGGCUCUUUACUACCACCUUCCUCGAAAGUUUUAAUGGCACAGACUUGUAUGGAUACAGAUUGACUGCCGGCUACCUGUUUGGGGCUGAGUCCUGGAGGAAAGCCUCAGCAUUAGUGUACCUUUAUGAGCUUCAGCUAUCAUUAUUUCUGAAAACCUCUGCAAAUGUGCCCUGAUGGAUGGUAAUCAAAGCAUCAUACCAUAUUUUCUUCUGGCAUGGAUAAUAAGUGUUUGAAUGAUGGGUCUCACAAAGACAAUAUUUAUACCAAGACAAGUGCUAGGCAUAGAUUGAUUCUCUCAACCCUCUGGGUGGUAUCUUGUGUAGUCCUCAUUUUCUGAUUCUCUAACAUAGGCCUGGAAGUCUGAGGGUUCUGCAUAGUAUCUUAGCUAUUCCUAGAACUGCACUCUUCUGGACAGAAAGCCACUCUCCCAACUUGGGGGUCACGGCCCUGAGUGCUCAGUUUAUAACUGUGACUACUACUGCCUUUCCUUUCCACAUCCUUUCUAGCUCCUCUUUCAGUUCCUUCCUAUUGAUGUUAUGGUCAUUGCGCAUUUCCACAUUCUCCACCCCCACACUCUACCAUUCCUUGUAUACCUCGACAAUGUCUGAUUGGUUGGCCAGUACUUGCUUGUCUGUCUGUCUGGAAUUGUAAAUCCCACCGGAUCUUAGCCCUGUCCUUCUCAACGACCUUUGUGGUAUCUCCCAUCUUGACUUAGGCAGGCCCAGCCCAUAUUCUGUGCAGAUAUUUCCAGCAACUUGGUUGUGCCUCUCAGUGUGUGCUGGCCCUUCUAACAAGUAGCACCUGGCAACUAUGUGUUGUAUUGUCUCUGGAAUAUAUGUGUGUAUUCUUUGAAUACCUGUUAUCUGUUGUUCACUGCAGAUGUUCAGGUGUUGUAUUAAUGUUUUAUCUUGUGGGUAAAGAUUUGGACAAAGCACUAUUAACUGUUCACGCUAUCAAUAUUUAUUGUGCAGAUAAAAGUCGCCUGUGUGCCUGCACAGCGUGCUCUAGUGGUUAUGGUGCUUGGAAUGUUUCUUCAAUGAAAUUAACUUUUGUAAACUGCAUUUAUAUGUAGUUAUGUUUUAACAUGUAAAUGAAUAAUUGUAAAAAUUUUUUUACUCUUUCUCUAAUUUUGUAUUUUGCAGACUACCUAUGCACACCUGAAGAAAAUAUCUACAAGAUAGAUUUUACCAGGUUUAAAAUCCGCGACAUGGAAUCCGGAACUGUACUGUUUGAAAUCACAAAACCUCCCGCAUCUGGUGAGUAGAAUUAUCGACAACUGACUGAAUCAUAACGUAACUUUGAAGAAAGAUUAUCUUUAUUUCUAAUGUCUUCUAGCAAAUAUGUAAUUUGCAAUCAACCUCGUGCUUUUAUUCUAUGAAAUUAUUUAUAGGUUGCUCACUAGAUACUCAAUGCUGGAUAUAAUGUUUAGGGUUUUUCAUCUCACUGGGUUCAUCUAGAAAUCUUUCCAGGGCCACAUUCAGAUGAAAAAGCUAACUCUUACAGUUUUGGACCCUGAAUGCACUUAGUGUAAAGUUCUUUAACCCCUUAAGGACACAUGACAUGUGUGACAUAUCAUGAUUCCCUUUUAUUCCAGAAGUUUGGUCCUUAAGGGGUUAAACCUUCCAAAAGUUGUUCAGGUGGAGAAAUAAAACAACCUAGGUUGGCAAGUUUUGAUUGGGUUUAGACUUGAUUUAAAUAUAUUGAGUCAAUUUGUGGUGAGCAUACAUCAUAAACGUAAUGUGUAAAUGGCCCAAGUUCAUUUUCAAGUAGGUAUGCCAUUAAUCUGUGCACUAUGCUGGUGUUUAAAGGCACACUCCAAAUGCCUAAGGUACUUUAGCAUGCUGAACUGCUUUAUCUGUGAAGAGUGUGCUCUUGGUUAUUUUGCAAAAAAAGUGUAGAUUUCAAUAAAAGUUGGCACUUUUAUAAACUGACCGUGUUACACCCUCCUGGCUGUCAAUCAGAGAUCCAAUCCUGUUACUUCCUGGUUGCUUAGCUCAGCGGAGUUAAACUCAGGGCAGCAAUUGAUCCAGGACCGGUGCCUAGAAAUUGGUGGCCGCUCCCUGCACCCUCCUAUUCACAGGGUUUGUGUUGGGAGAGCCACCUUGUACACUUCUACUAGCACCUUUUCUUUCCUGCCAAUUCUUACUAGUUCACUUUUUGGGGGGAGAGAAUGUGUGUGUGUGUUUUUAUUAUUAUUAUUAUAAUUGCCAUUUAUAUAGCGCCAACAGAUUCCAUAGGUAUGUGAGGUAGAGGCUAGUCUGGGAGGCCAUAAGCUUUCCUGAAGAGAUGGGUUUUAAGGCCCUUCUUAAAUGAUUGAAGACUAGGGGAGAGUCUGAUUCCAUAGGAAAGGAGCCGCCCGCGAGAGGUCCUGAAAGUGUGAGUUGGCCGUACCGGUGCGAGCAGCGGUCAGGAGGUGGUCACAGACAGAGCGGAGGGAACGAGGAGGGGCAUACCUAUGGAUCAGUGAAGAGAUAUAAGGGGCUAGAAUUGUUCAGUGCUUUAAAUGUAUGGGUUAGCACUUUGAAUUGACUCCUACAGGAUACAGGGAGCCAAUGUAAGGACUGGUAGAGGGUUAAGGUGUGAGAGGACCGACUAGAGAGGAAAAUCAGUCUAGCUGCAGCAUUCAUUACAGACUGUAGCAGGGCAAUGCAGCUUUUGGGGAGAUCAAUCAGGAGAGGGUUACAGUAAUCCAUGCGGGAAAUUACUAGAGCAUGGACAAGCUCCUUGGUAGCAUCUUGCGUAAGAAAGGGGCGGAUCCGAGCUAUGUUUUUAAGUUGGAACUUACAGGAUUUGGCAACAAACUGGAUGUAAGGCUCAAAGGUGAGGCCAGAGUCAAGUAUGACGCCAAGACAGCAUGCUUGCAAGGAUGGACUUAUGUGGAUAUCACUGACUUGAAGGGAGAGCGAGAGAGGAGAAUCAGUAUUAGGAGGAGGAAAGACAAGGAGUUCAGUUUUAGAGAAAUUGAGUUUUAGAAAGCGUGAGGACAUCCAGUCAGAGAUGUAUAGAGGUAUAUCUGAGUAUCAUCAGCAUACAGGUGGUAGUGGAAUCCAUAAGAGGCAAUAAGUUUGCCAAGAGAGGCAGUAUAAAGAGAAAUAGAAGGGGACAAAGGACAGAGCCUUGGGAAACUCCAACCGAGACAGGAUGAGGGGAGGAGGUAUCCUUGGAAAAGGAGACACUGAAUGAGCGUUGGGAGAGAUAGGAGGAAAACCAAGAGAGGACAGAGACCGAGCGAUUGAAGAGUUUGAAGGAGGAGAGCAUGAUCAACAGUGUCAAGGGCAGCAGAGAGAUCAAGGAGAAUUAAUAUGGAGUAGUGACCUUUGGAUUUAGCUGCGAUUAGGUCGUUAGUAACUUCGAUAAGAGCAGUCUCAGUAGAGUGGAGAGGGUGGAGGACAGACUGAAGAGGGUCAAGGAGAGAGUUGGAAUUGAAGUAGCGAGACACACGGGUAAAGACAAGUCUUUCCAAAAGCUUUGAUGAGAAAGGGAGCAGGGAUAUGGGAUGAUAGUUAGAGGGGGAGGAUGGGUCAAGAGAUGUUUUUUUCAGGAUAGGUACUACAGUGGCAUGUUUAAGGUCAGCAGGAACAGUGCCAGAAGAGAGAAAACAGUUAAAGAUAUGUGUUAGGGUAGGCACAAGACAAAGGGAGAGAGAUCUGAUAAAGUGAGACGGGACAGGAUUAAGCAAGAAAGUGGUGGGGCGAGAGGAAUGGAGAAGUGCAGCCACCUCUUGUUCAGUAGCCUGGGAGAAAGUCUGAAAGGUAGGAAAGGCAUGAUCUAUGUGUGGUUGAGAAGGAGAACGGCAAGGAGGGGAGAAUUGUUUCCUUAGCUUUUCAAUCUUGCCCGUAAAGUAACAUGCACAGCUAUCAGCUGUAAUGUCAGUUUGAGGGGUGGCCACAGCAGGGCGGAGAAGAGAGUUAAAGGUGUCAAAGAGAUGUCUGGGAUUGCGGGAGCAUGAACUGAGAGAGGAAAAGUAUGACUUUGGCGAGAACAAGGGCUGCGCUGUAUGAAUGCAAUAUGAAUCUAUAAUGGGGGAAGUCUGUGUUUGUGAACAUUGCAAAUACUUUUUUGGGUUAUUUCUGUCCAGAGGGGGAAUAACACGAUAUUUACCCUCCUUUGCAUCUCAGCCACCUAACCUGCAUAGGGAUGUUACAAGGGGGAAUAUCACCUACCUAUAGGGUGCACAGAAACCAGUUUCCUCUUCUAACCAAUCCACAUACAAGCUUGACAAAGACCACAGUCGUGUUUACGUUGCUAUUGAGUUCACUGAAGACACAUUAAUAAAAGGACAUUAGUUUUUUAUUGUUUGCAAAUACAUAAGGUUUUGUAAAUGCUCUGUUGAUGAAUGAUUUUUAUAUAUUUUUUUUCAUUGGUAUCUUCUUUAAAACGGUUCGUACCAUAACCCCAAACUACUCUUAUGUUAAUGUAACUGUCAUAUUGUGUGUCCUAUUCCCUUAAUCUGUCAGCUCAGAACUUGCUGCCUAAAUCAGACAGAACAGAUGUGUACCAACUGGUGACAUGCACAUGCGGUAGACUGAAAAUAUGUCCUUUAAACUACUAUUAAAUGACGUUACUGAUGGAAGCUUUCAUUGCAUGUUCCUAUAGCUCCACCUGCUGGGGCACAAUAGAAGUGCACAGAAAAUACAAUCUCAUACAUUUUUUUUUUUUUAAAUAAUAGCACUGGCUGGGAACUGAUGAAAGGCUUUUAUGUGAAAAUGUUAUAUUUUACGGGGCUUUUACACAAAAAAAUACAUUGAUCCCAUGCAGUAAUGUAGGAGGCUAAUUUACCCCAUCCUAAUGCACCGGGAGGUGAGAUUGAUGCUGUAAGUGCUUCUUUUCAUUUCAUUGCAUUGAAUUCUCAAAAUGUUAGAUGGAGAUAUUUUUCUGCUGAAUUACUGUGUUGAAAGUCUGUUUUUGAUAUGGCAAAUGGUAUUUUAGAAAAUGUAUAGUCUGUGAAACAUAUUUACUAAAUCAUUUCAUAGUAUUCAAGGGAUAGAAUGCAUUUAUCUUGUUACGAAGUGGGAGCAGUUUGAUUCUAGAGGCAUUAUCAUGUCUGGAGAGAGGGAAGUGAGAUUGGGGCAGGGAAGUACAUUUAUGAUCCAGGCUUUUGCCUCACAUUCCACAUCACAGAUAUCACAUCUUUAUGCAUUUAAAUAUUUAGAUUUAUUCAAAUCUCUAAAACAAAUUGUGGAGUUUUUCAGAGUUGACAGUUAUUUUUUUUUAAGUAUUUGUUUUUGCAUAUUUUUUUCAAAAACAUAUGUAGUACGCAAAUUAUUGUUAAAAAAAAAAAAGGCAAUGGUCAAUAAAUCGCAACAACGUAAGUUGUUAUUUGCAAACAGUGUGACGACGUUUUUGAACAAGGUAAAUAUCCAUUUUACUGUCAAACUGGAUGAGUUUUGUUCAAGUGUGAGGAAGGAAGAGCAUAAUCUCCUAACAAGGUAAGGAACCUCUGUCAGCUGACUCUUUCCGCUUAGCCAUAGAUGCACACGUUUUUUAUUGGUAUCGAAUCUAGAAUCCACGCUCUUAUGGAAACACUGUGGAAGCAAAACUUGAGAACAUUGGUCCUCCAAAUACUUCUGUGCACCUAGUUGUCCUGGGGCACUAGUGAGUUCCUCUUUAAUAAGGGAAAUGUCUAAGGCUAUAAUUUUGCAAAUUACAUCCAGAAGUGUUUGUAAGUCACCUUUUAAGGUUGGGAGUCCCUGGAUGUAAUUUGGAUUUGAAUGCGGUCAGUAUGCAAGGAAUCCAGUGAUUCUAGUAGAUGUUUAAUCGAGGAGAUGGAGAUAUCAAAUCGUUGAUAUUUAAGUUACCAGUGAGUUCCCCACUCAUAAUCUCUUCCCUCAUAUGCCUAUCAUUUGCAUAAUUCCAAUGGACAGUUCUUCUAGAUUAUCCGUUUGGGUUACUUAUUACAGAGGAAGCAGAGUGCAAUCUCUCCCUACUGCUGUUGGUUCUUUCCUUCAUAACUGUUCCCUUUUAAAGCUUAGUUGGUAACAUGUAUCCUUGUAAGAAAUGGACUGGUUGGUAGUGGUAUAGAUAUCCACUUGGCUGCUGUAUCUUUUGUGCAUCCCCUUAGUUGCCAUGAAUUAUGCUGCUUUCUGCUGCAGUUGGGCUUAGCGUUUACGAGAGUAAAAAGCUAAAUUGGUUUCUUCUGUUCUAGAACGUGAGCAGGGAGAUAAAAAGGACGUGGACCCGAACGCUGGCCGAUUUGUUAGAUACCAAUUUACACCAGCUUUUCUUCGACUACGCCAAGUUGGAGCCACGUAAGUUAAUUUAACCACUGUGUAAACCUGAGGCAAAUGUUUAAGAGGCCUGGGAGAGAACCAGUGAGGCAUGGCUCCUAAAAUGUUACUACUACUACUACAUCUUAGUAGUUUAUCAGAUAAAACAUCUCUGAUUAGGGUAUCUGAUUUAUGCCUCUGGUGUUCUGAUUUUCAGGAAUACAACAAAAUAAUGUUGUACUGGCCUCUGAACAUAUUCUAAUGUACAUUGCAUAAUUUGCAGUACAUUUGCACCAGUACUCCAGUGCUCUCGUAGUUACUGUUUUGAUAACGUUCCUAUCUACAUGCAUCGGAUUGCUAAAGCCCCUUUGCCGUCCACAUUCUUGAAUCCGUGCUACCGUGCCUCUAUAUAUCCCAUUUCCAGAUUACCAAAAGUAUUACUACAUUUUAGUUUGAUAUUUUGGGUUUUUAUUGUUCUUAACAAAGAAAUGUAGUUUUUUUUUUGUUUUGUUGUUGAUGUUGUAAUAGAUGUUUUUGUUUUUUUCCAGUGUUGAAUUUACAGUUGGUGAUAAGCCUAUUAAUAACUUCCGAAUGAUCGAGAGGCAUUAUUUUCGUGAUCAGCUCUUGAAAAGCUUUGAUUUCGAGUUUGGGUUCUGUAUCCCGAGCAGUAAAAACACAUGUGAACAUAUCUAUGAAUUCCCACAGCUCUCCGAGGAUCUUAGUGAGUACCUCGACAUCGCUAAAAUGAAAAGCAACUUUGCUAACAGCGCUUGGCCUCCUUGUCUGAGAUCUAUAUUUUCUUCCCUAUGGGCAGGAAUUGGGAAAAUAGUGCACAUGUCCGAGGAGCAACAUUUGAUUGAGAACAGAAUCUGAUUCUGUUCUCACAGGGAAAGCGCCUUUAAUGGCUGUCUGGAAGACAGUCAAUAGACGCGUAAUUAACGUUGCAAUGGCAACAUUGAUCUUUCUACAUUGCUAGGUUAAAACUAAAGGGCCAUUGCUCCCAGACAAUUUAAUAGAGAUUUAAUGGUGGGCGUGUUUUUAGUGCUCCUUUAAUGAGGUAAAAAUCCAUCAAACGCAUUAAAGUUGCAUUUUGUGCAGUGUCCCUUUAAGUUACCUGAAUUACUGUUCACUAAAAAAAUGUACAUUGCCGUACUCUAUGGUCUUUUUUAUAUUAUCAGCUUACACUCUGAAGUCAAAAGAGAAUUGGGUAUAUAGCUAAGAGCCCUAUGUUGUAUAGUGGGACAAUUUUUUUUUUACAUUUUUGAAAAAUCACUUUAUUUCAGAAAAUCCAAUAUCUGAUUUAUAAAGUUAUAAUUUUAAAUAAAAUAAUCAUAUUUCCCGCGGGAAAUGUCAAUCAUCCUUGACGUGUGUAAAUUACGCUCUUUAAAAAAAAUAAAAAAUAAUACUAUUUUAGUGGCUUUAAAAAAACAAAACAAAAAACAACACCUUGAAUUGUGCAUAACUGACACAUAAAAUUACACUCUUUACACUACAAGAUUUAUGCCAAGGUGUAACAUUUCUUCACCAAAUAGUUCAUCUCUUAGUAUGCUUUUUCAGGACAAGUUUUUUUGUAUUUAUAUAUUUUAACACCUGCUUCAACUUUUAUUUUUAAUUUUGCAGUUCGUGAAAUGAUCAUACACCCCUAUGAGACACAAUCGGACAGUUUCUACUUUGUGGACAACAAGCUUGUGAUGCACAAUAAGGCAGAUUAUUCAUAUAGCGGAGGCCCCUGA